CAGGAGAGGGCAUCUCAAGUCCUGAAACGAGCGCCAGGAUCUCAGUCUAAUCCUCCACCAACAUCAUUCCUGUUGCUAUACAACUGAUUUAUUCUUGAUGCCACGGUCAACGGCUCUAAUCCACAGCAGACUGCGCCUUUCCCCUCCACUCUCUCCUCCAAGGAAUCAGGAAACAUCCAACUUGUCGGCUUUGGACCACAGUUUUUUUCCCCUCCACUAAUUUGUCCACUUGGUCGGUUUUCCAGUGUCUUUUCCGUCACUUAACCUAGAUUUAACAUUUUGGCGUCUCGGUCUUUAAAAUGUGUUCUGGAGCCUCUCAGAGCGCGCGCUAAAGAGUGUCAUUCCCACGGAGCCGCGAGCCUGAGUGCCCCCGUCCAAGGACUUUGAAAGGUGGUGUGAAAUAUGCGUUAUUAUCAGGCUGAUGUUGUGCGGUAACGUAGGAAACUACAGGCAGAGGUGGAUGCACACCUUCUGGAGCUACUCACAUCUCCGACAGGUGUGCGGCCGUGCGCAAAACGGGUCUGGCUGCGACGCAAAUUGCGUUUUUAUCCCUUGAAAACCGGCGUCCUGGGUGCGUGUCCAACUAUUUGGACCAAAUGUCUAACAUGUGGACCCGGGACGCAUGCAACAGAGAGCCCUAAAUAUGAGGAGGAGUCGACACCGCGCAAAUAUGGGUAGGUACGCUGUUUCUCAAAGGUACGAAUGGUCUGUGUUUGUGCGCGAAGUCCUCAUUGGUUUGGAAAAUGAGAUUUCACUUAGAGCUGUUGUUGCCAGUGUCUUUGCCUCCUGCGGUUUGUGAGUGAUGACUGCAGGCAGGGGGAUCCGGAGGAGCUUUUCCUCUCCAACUAUGUGACAGAUUUAGCCUGAGGCUCAGGGUUAUCAAUCACCUCUCCAUGUCCUCCGAACAUGACUUUGGCUCUGAUAAUGAAUGUAAGAGUGGGGGAAAUAAGCUGCAAAUAACCCCUCAUGUCUCCUCUGACGGUGUGGGUUAUAAAGGGCUGGACCCCUGACUCAUUCCCCUUCAUUCAGUUUGUUCUGGUCUCUGUGUUUCAGUCCUGAUUGGCCUCUCACUCACUCUUUGUGUCUGCAGGACUUCAGGUGCUGUUCAGAUGGCUUGUAUUCACAGUUGCGGUGCCCGCCUGGCUGCUUGCGGCUCCCAGCAGCAUCCGUGAGCGUCCCUGCCCCCUGAGCUGCAGAUGUGAUGGGAAAAUAAUAUACUGCGAGUCCAAUGCCUUCCGUGACGUGCCAAACAACGUGUCCGUCGGCACACAGGGCCUCUCUCUGCGCUACAACAGCCUGGCCAACCUCAGAAGCCACCAGUUUGCGGGCCUGAGCCAACUGGUUUGGCUCUAUCUGGACCAUAACUACAUCAAUGCUGUGGACGGUCAGGCCUUUCAUGGGAUCCGAAGGCUCAAAGAACUGAUUCUCAGCUCGAAUAAGAUCACACUGCUGAAAAACAACACCUUCCACGACGUUCCAAACUUAAGAAAUCUCGACCUUUCCUAUAACAAACUGCAGGUUCUCCAGCCGAAGCAGUUUUACGGUCUGAGGAAGCUCCUCAGUUUACACCUGAGGUCAAACUCCUUAAAAACAAUCCCCAUGAGAGUUUUCCUCGACUGUCGUAACCUGGAGUUCCUGGAUAUCGGCUACAACAGGCUGCGGAGCCUGACGAGAAACGCCUUCGCGGGACUCAUGAAGCUCAUCGAGCUUCACCUGGAGCACAACCAGUUCUCCAAGAUCAACUUCGCCCACUUCCCCCGCCUGACCAACCUGCGGGCGCUGUAUCUGCAGUGGAACCGCAUCAAACUGCUGACCCAGGGCCUGCCGUGGAUGUGGACUUCAUUGCAAAAGCUGGACCUCUCUGGGAACGAGCUCCAAGUGUUGGACCCGAGUACGUUUCAGUGCCUCCCUAAUCUGCAGACACUUAACCUGGACUCCAACAAGCUCAGCAAUGUGUCUCAGCAGACGGUGGAGGCUUGGAUCUCGCUCACCACCAUCAGUUUGGCAGGUAAUUUGUGGUACUGUAAUCCAAACAUAUGUCCCCUGGCGGCCUGGCUCCAGGCCUUUAAGGGCAACAAGGAGACCACGAUGAUUUGUGCCGGUCCAAAGGAGGCUCAAGGAGAGAAAGUGACGGAUGUGGUGGAGACGUAUAAUAUCUGUACAGCUACACCUUCCCCUAUCACCACCACCACUACCACCACAACCACCACUUCCCCUCUCACGUCAGCCCCUCAGCCUGAGCUGCUUCCUCUUCCCACCCAGUCUGCGGUGGAUAAGAAGCUGAUCUGGAACAGGACAGCGUCCCCGACUCCCACCGAGGCCUCCCCCACCAUCCCUCUGCCAGACACCGAGUACGUGUCCUUCCACAAGAUCAUAGCAGGUACGGUGGCCCUCCUCCUGUCCGUGGCUAUAAUUCUCCUGGUGAUCUACGUCUCGUGGAAGCGCUAUCCCAGCAGCAUCAAGCAGCUCCAGCAGCGCUCGGCGGUCAAAAAGCGCCAGAAAAAGGCGCGGGAGACCGAGCGAUCCCUUAACUCUCCACUCCAAGAGUACUAUGUGGACUACAAGCCUUCACACUCAGAGACUAUGGAUGUGCUGGUUAAUGGGACAGGACCUUACACAUACACCAUCUCAGGCUCCAGGGAAUGCGAGGUAUGACCGUUGCCCUCCAAAAAUCCAUUUCCACUGCGAGGCAUGAGAGGUAAAUUUCCUAACAACCUGCAGAGAAAAACCGUCUUUGUUUUUUCUCCUCCUCCUGUGCUCGUGUGUGUGUUUGUGUGUGUGUGAUUUGGGAUAAGGAAGUAAAGGUCAGUGCAUGGUGACUUGUUUUGCAAUAUGCUGGCUUUGUUGGGUUCCAUAUGAUUACCCAGCUGUUGUUGUGAAUCAUGCAGUUUUAUUGGUAAAAUAUGAGGCCCAUUAGCUGAAACUGCAGCAGCAGCUCCUCUCUGCAGAUAACUUACAUACAGUCAAAUGCAUUACGCUCAAAGUGGCUUCAUCUGUCAUCGCUGACAUAAAGGAGUCCGUUGAUGAAUCUCUGUGUUAUCAGACACUCUCUUAUUUAUUCACAAACAAAUUGCUGCGCUGCAUCCAAUGAUGAAGAGCCGUGUUAGAUCAAGUCACUCUGCAGGUGGUCCUUUCCUUUCCUCUUUCCUUUUCUGUUUCCUUUCCUGUUUCCUGUUUCCUUUCCUCUCCUGUUUCCUUUCCUGUUUCCUUUCCUUUCCUCUUUCCUUUUCUGUUUCCUUUCCUCUUUCCUGUUUCCUUUCCUUUCCUCUCAUUUCCAUUCCAUUCCUGUUUCCUUUUCUUUCCCCUUUCCUGUCCUUACCUUUCCUCUUUUCCUUUCCUGUUUCCUGUUUCCUUCCUUUCCUUUUCUUUCCUCUUUCCUGUUUCCUUUCAUUUCUUUUCCUGUUUCCUUUCCUUUCCCUUCCUUUCCUGUUUCCUGUGUCCUUUCCUUUCAUUUCCUUUCCUGUUUCCUUUGCUUUGCUUUCCUUUUAUUUUCUUUCCUUUCCUUAUUCCUGCCCUCUUUCAAUUCCAUUGCUAUCCUUUCCUCAUUCUUUUCCUGUUCCCCUUUUUCCUUUCCUUUCCUUACCUUAUUCCUUUCCUGCCCCCUUUCUUUCCUUUUCUGUUCUCUUUCCUUUCCUUUCCUUUCCUUUCCUUUCCUGUUUCCUUUCUUUUCCUUACCUUAUUCCUUUCCUGUUACCUUUUUUUCCUUUCCUUUCCUUUCCUGUUACCUUUUUUUCCUUUCCUCUUUCCUUUCCUCUCUCGUGCGUUUCCUCCACCAGCGGUGGUAUCAAACCCGUCAGUCAUGUCAGAUCUGAUAUUUGUGUUUUUUGUUGUUUUUGUUUUUUUCUGUAUUUCUCAUGUUAAUGAAUCAGAAGACUCGAUCAUACAUCCUCUCCUCGUUUUCCUCCUCCUCCUCCAGAAAUCAUCUACUUUGGAUUUUGCUCAUUAGUUUAAUUCACAGGGUUCAAAAGUCAGAGCGGGCUGGAGCAGACUUUAAAGACCAGCAGCCAAAGAAAAGAUAAAUUAUGCCUUUGGGCUCGAUUUCUGUCUGGCAUGAGUUUACAGUUGCAGUAAAAACUGCAUUAUAUUUUUUUGAAUUAGUAAAAGAAGCAGAAAGAAGAAAUUAUCCCUGAAACUCUGGUGAGUUUGAGUCAAAGUUCUCCUCCUUUACAAACCUGACUCUGAACUUCUUUAGGAAAAGAGCGAUUGAGACAGAAACUCUAAUCGAUUCGCCCCUGCUUCAUCAGGCACUUUUUUCAGGACUAUGUACUCUGUUUUUCCCCCCUAAUGGUUUGCAUCUGUCUCCCUUUGUCCAGCUGCUUUUAUUUUCAUUUGGCAGUGUGGUUAAGUGUGAUUAACAGGACGUGUUGUGUUGGGAAAUAUGUUGUGUCACUGGGAUCUUAGCAGCACCUUUUGUCAGGCUGAGCAGACAUGCGGCGGCGAACAGGAGACAUCUUUCUUCUGCGUUGUAUCUGUCAGCGCGGCUCAGAGACAAAGUUUUAUCUCACACUAACACACUGUUCAUUUCCUAUAUUUCCAUCCAAACCUUAUAAAUCAUCUUCUAAUGUGUUUGAAGUCGCUGGAUUGUGCUAUAGCAUUACUUAGGUUCUUGUUUGGUCCUUCGCUGAAGGGGCCCGCUCAAAUAUGUUUCAUUGUUUCCUGUAAUGUCACACACUACGAGGAACACAGGCGGCUAAAUCAGCUCUUUGUCAGAUUAUCUGCGGCGGAGCAUUUCUCAAACACAAGGGGAGCUUGAGGUGAGAUGGUCGGCUUAUCAAUCUUGUAGCCUUCGUGUGAGAAUGUGGCACGGGAGCAUUAAAUGGCAGACCUAAUGGGGCUUCUGCUAGCUAGAAUAACUAAUAGCCCAUCAGAGGUAAGGAGCCGAGACUUCCCUCGGCUUUGUUAUUCCAUGCCCUCUGCAGCCCAGGGGAGCAGCCUUAGUAGUUAAAAAUGUAAUGGGAUUUUUUUGUGUGUGUGUGUGUGUGUGUGUUGCGCCAAACACUGAUGCAAAGAGAGAACACACAGUUCAGCAGGGGACUUUUGAAAUCACACCCCCCCUUCCUCCAUUUUCAUGCAAGUUCAGGUUCAAGCGGUGCGUUGACGCUCUCAAACUGUUGCAAACGGCUGCAAUAUUUUAUCCGACGCCGUAUCGUGUUUAUUAUCCAUGUAACUUGCGUCAGAAUUCAGUCCAUGUUGCAGUGCGGGAAGCCAAUGAUGUGUAGUGAUUGUGUCUCAGGCUAUUUGCAUCACAAUACGGGCAGUGCGGCACAAUCCCUCCUGAUAUAUGAGAAGCUUUUCAGUUUUAUUGAAUGGCACACAGUGGAGAGUGUCGAGAGGGAGGGAUGAUGUUUCCAAAAAAUAAAAAGAGGCAGCUCCAGGAUUGAAUCCCACACUCUGAAGAAGCAGACUGUGAAACGUCCAGACCCGGGGAGCCCCCUGCACAUUAUUUUAGCUCGACCACAGAUAGCGAGCACUUAAGCUAUUAGCUGCAUUUUCAAUUAGGAGAGAGAGCUUUGUAAUUGAAGCCUGUUAUCCUCCGCACAUGCCCAGACCAACAGACUUGGAGUAAAUUUGUUUCUAUAGAUUUCCUCCAGCGCCGCUCAGCUCUGCGGGUCGGCCCUGACUCUGCCAGCUGAACCCGGCCGGUGUGAAUUUUGAUGAACACUUUGAACUGUGCACCGCCACGCUCUUCCUGUGGCACAUUAUUAAGAAAAGCCCCCUCUCUGCCUUGUAUGUCAGCCACUUCUGUGCACACAAAGCAGCUGCAGCAGUUGUCGACCAACCAGGGAUCACCUUCCCCACAAAGUGAGCUCAGAAAAUAUUAAGGUGAAAUCCCACCGUCUCCGCCAAAGGCGAUCCGCGUGCUUGGGCAGAAUUCUCCGGCAUUAAUAAGGCGAGGAGGGAUAAUUAAAGCGCUCUGAGAGGGGGUAGAAAUGAAGGUGCAUCUAACUGACUGAUACAAACGCUAUCUUGAAAAAACAGACUCAAAAUAAUUACUGUUUUCAGCUUAACUAAUUUUUCAAGCUGACAGGGUCAGCAGCAGAGUAAUGGUAACUUUCUGAUGAGCAACCCAGUUUUUUGAGGCACCAAUUCAGGCCAGAACAAGCCUUAAUUACUUAUUAAGUUGUUUUCAUGUUUCCCUGCAUUUGCACUCAGAGUGUGGCUCCCUGUGUCGCCCUUCUGGUUAUAUUAAGAACUAAUAGCUCCUAUGGAUCUCAUCAGUGUUUGUAUAGUACAGAUCCUGCAGCUGUGGGAACAUUUUACUCCAUAAACAUUUGCUUAAUAUUGAUGCACAAGAAUACAAACCCAGUCUUUAAGAUUUCAGGAAUAGGAAACAGAGAUGAUGAGCGAUCAGAUAUACUGCCUCGACUUGCCAAUAUGGCAGCUUGCACUUCGUCUGUGCGUAAAUGCACAGACGGCAGGCUUCCAUCGUGUGCAGGGAGUCUGAUAGUUUUCAAUAUUUGUUGUUUGCUUGCCAAACGGAGGGUAACCACGCGAGUAGAAGAGCCUCGGAAAGAGGAUGUCAUAUUUUAUGGUUUGCGUAUGCUGCAGGACGGGACGCAUUUCUGCAUAUUCAGAACAAAAACCGAGUUCAGGACACAUUUCUGCACGAGUCUCCCAUCAAAAUAAUGUUUCCUUCCUUAUUAGUUCUCAUUUUGCUCGGCUGUCUUCUUGUUUGAUGGGUUAAAAAAUCACACCGGCUGUAAGACUGGACCGUAAUGAUCCAUACCUGAUGGAUCCACGAGAAACAGGCUUUUGUUCGGCUGUAUUCAAACACAACUGCACCAACAAUAAAGAAGAAGAGGCCUCCGAGAAUUGGCUGGGAAGGCUAUUAUGCAGCACCAUUGUUAGUGUUGUGUAUCACUUAUCAUGUAGUUAGUGGUGAUUCAAGAAAAUCAAUGUAAUAGAUGUUGGUGUAUGAUGAAGCAUGUUAGUGCAGCUGAAGGGGAAACUGUUGGAGGACAACAACAAAAAAAACACAAUUUUGAAGUGUUUUUUUUUUUAAGAGCAGGAUUCAGACUCAGAUUUCUUCCUCAGACGAACCAAAUAAGCUCCGAAAACAGCGACGGGCUCAACAUGACGAAAACUAUUUCACCUUUUUUCAGCCUCUGUGGAAAAAUCACUUCAUAAGAAACUGGAAAUAUUCCCCCGAAAUGUUGAACUCUUUCAGGUUCAGAGCGAGUCAUACCUGAAGUCUGGCUCACAAAGAAAGAGUCUCAAAUCAUUACUAAGGUUGAAACGAGAGAAACCACCCCACACAUGGUGACGAUUACUGAGAGAGUCAACAGUUUUGUUCUUAUUUUACCAACAUACACCACUCACUGACGGAUUUCACUCAACAACAACCUGAAUACUCUCUUCAGGUCAAACAUUAGCUGCGUUAACAUGGGCGCAAAUAACCGGAAUAAAAAUGUAAACAUGUCGAUCGGAAGAUUCAGAAUUAAUAUGGCUCAAUUGGAAAGAAAUUGUAUUCCAAUCAAGAGGGGUGGUUUAUGCCGAUCGUUAUUCCGAAGUGCGUACAUGUAAACACUUAUUCUGAUCGUGACUCUUUAACCUGACUCGGUCUUCACUCUUUGGCCUUUGGCAUAAAACAGAACCGCAGGAGCCGUGUCUGCUCCUCUGGUAACAUAACAAGGGGUACAAACAGCGUGAUGAUGUCACAUCUGCACGCACAGAGCAACCUUUGACAGAACAGUAAAAUAAAUACACAGGAGCGCCAUCUAGUGACAACAUUUAACAGGGGGAAACAUCCCGAUUGGAUGGAGUGAGCCACUGCUGCGUUUGUUGGUUUGUUGACAGCACAGGCGGAAAUACAGCUCUUCUUCUUCUGCGGUUGUUUUAGCGAAAUUAGACACCCUGCGCAUGUCCAAAUGCUUCUAAUCUGAGUAAAACUUGGUGCAUGUAUAUGCACGUCAUGAUCGGAUUAUUUGAUUUUGCGCCCAUAUAAACAGUUGAUCAAAUUUUUAUUUCGCACAUGUAAACAUGUCUGUGGUGGACGACAGUAUGGUCACACAGCUGAACUUACAGAGCUGUUAAAGUUUGUUUGGAUAGUUCCUUGGAAAGCAGAGGUCACAAAGUGCUUCACAAAGUAGAUUAAAAGAACGAUGUCAGCGUGUCAGGACCCACUGGCCCGAAAAUCGACUGUCACUGCUCGUGUGGUGAGUCAAACUGAACAACGUUUAAGGACACGUCUGCGAUUCCUCAUGACCGACAGAACCCACAUUAAAUCUGGCAUAUUUGGAUUUUCCCUCUGCCUUCUAAGAUUUGCUCCCUCAUGUCAGUGAUAUCGACCAAUGAGAGCUCAGACCUCAACUUUAGAAAUUUGUGACUUUAAAAUCGCAUGAAAAGCCGUGAAAUGGAAACCCAGCGUUAUCUACCAGAUACAUCGAUUCCAGCGUCUCUAUUUCUGACUCUCUCCUCACCUUGACAGUCACAUUGUGUUAUCUUUAACAGGACACAUUGUGUUGUUGUUGUAAAUCAACCAGUUCGUCCUCUAUUUCUGACAUCCAUCUAAUUUGAUGCCUGACAAAGUGUAACCUUGAGAAAUGAGGCUCAUGUGCUGUAACCCCAGUUCCUUGAUUGUCCACUAGGGACUGUAUUCAAAAGUCACAUACACACUCAUUCAAAAAAAUCAAAAACUGACAUGUUCAGCCCAGUAAACUGUAUGUGGGAUAGUAUUUCAUUACAACUCAUGGGUGUUGAAGAUUUUAAGGUAGUCUGGCAUUAUUAGGAGCUGACUAAUGUUGUGUCGAGUCACCUCGGGAGUCAGAAGUCCAAGCUGAAAAUUACGUCACACCCAAGUUCCCAGCGUUUCAGUUUGUCGGAAAAAGCAAAAUCGGAGGCAGAAAUAAGAUGGCUACGUCUACGAAAGUUAUUUUAGCACUUGCAUUAUAUUCGGACAAGGCAAGCGCUCAAAUAACUUUCGUAGAUGUAGCCAUCUUGUUUCUGCCUCAGAUUUUGCUUUUUUCAGACUUGGUAUCUGAAAUGCUGGUGACUCGGGUGUGACGUAAUUUUCAGCUCAGACUUCUGGAUUCUGAGGUAACUCAAACGCAGCAUAAGGCCCUGUUUAUACGUUUUUUUAAAAACUGAGACAUUAACCUUCGUUUACACCCUUCAUUUAGAUACAAACGGAGAAUUCGCCCCUGAAAGUGAUGCUUUUUAAAAACUCAGGCCAGAGUGGAGAUUUGGGAAAACUCAGUUUGCAUGUUAAAUGGAGAAAAAAGGAGGUAAACUGAGAUUUGGGUAGCCGACGGCAGAUUGUGUGGUUAAAACCGGGUUAAAUCUGACAUUGUUUACAAUCUAUGGUGAUCAUGGAUGCAUGCAGAAUAGCAGUCACAUUUAUGCUGGUCCCUUUAUAUCUUUUCCAAAAGAGGGAAGUGACAUUGUUGUUGUUGUUGUUGCUGCUAUGUGGAAUUGUGAUUGGCUAACGUGGGCAUGAACUUCUCUCUACACUGCCACCUACAGGUUUGGCAUGCUCUUGACGGCAUAUAUACAUGGGUUAGUGUAAACGAAAACUCUUCUGAAAACGUAGCGGUGAGCACGCAGUUUUUUUUGUAAACAGAGAGGGUGAAAUGUAGGUUUAUGAAUAUAGCCAGACAUGUGUAAAUGUAGUCUAAAAGCCUCUACUCUGCCUCUUUCUCUUUUGUCAUGCCAACAAAAGGCGUGGUUGAGUCAGUAUUUCCACCGUAGCGUCUGCCGUCAAUCGCCUUCAAAACACUGUCUCCUAGUUUUCUGUUUCACACAGUUUUUGUGCUUUUAAAUUCGCAGUCCUGCUCCAGUCAGCUUCCCUCCCAGUUGGGUAUCACUUAAUUCCCUGUGACAAUCGACUAAGUGCAUGCUCAGCUAUCCUCGAGGUUUCCCCUCACGCAACAGGAUAUCAGAUCGUACAUAUUAAACCUGUUUAAUAUUUAUGACUUCAAAUCUAUGCAGCCGGUUUUCAAGCAGAUACCGCUCCAGUCGAGUCGAGUCGAGUCUGUCUUCAGCACCAACCAAAGAUUGUGACAUUUUUACAGUAAAGCUCCGAGUUAACUUAACUACCUAUCAUCAGCUGUAACACAAACUCACUCAUCGUCUACAUACUCAUUUAGAGCUUCAUAGACAGAGCAUGUAAUGAUAUACCGAUGACAGACUCGAAGCUUUAACUGUAUAAUAAACACGUAGCUGGAUUCUUCAUGAAUACCACCCUUCACUCGAACCAAGGCUGUGAUUUCAUGCACAGUUAAGACAUCACAGCGGGAUUCAUUUGCACAAAUGCACAUAAUCAGACGUCAGAUUUCUCUUUUUUUUAGUGUUGAGCACCUCUCAGGCUGCUGUGUGCGUGGGGUGAGCUCUCCCCCAAACACACACACACACUCUGAGAUAUGUAUGGUUCUGGCUUUUGACAGAUGUUCCCUUUUGGAGGUGUGAUGUCUGCGCCGGUGAGGAGGUGGAAUACAUUUAACAAACUUAGCAGCAUGCGAGGAGAGGCAGCUCAGGGUGUGUGCAAUAACAGCCUGGCUUGUUCAAACGAAUCCUGCGUUUCUGCUGUGUCAUAGUAAUUAAUCUUAGCAUCUCCUCUUACAUCCAAUCUGUGUUUUCAUGAUUUUAUUAUUCUCAUUAUGAUGCACUAAUAGUACAAGCUCCAGCCUGCUAAUAGCUUAAUCUGGCUGAGGCUGAAAAUAUGAUGUUCUCUCUCCACGCUUCAACACAGACAGUAUUGAAUUUCACUCUGGGUUAGAUGUCCUUAUUUACCGAACAUAUAGGAUGAAUUGAUGUUUGUGUCACGAUUACGGCGUCUGGCAGAAGCCUCGAGUCAGACGAGUGAUAGUCGCAGGUAGAUGGCUGUGAGGAAAUGUUUGGCUGCUGAGGGGAAAGAAAUGAAAGUCCUCGCUAAGCCGACCUCCAAACCUCCGUUUUAAAUUGAGGUCAGCAUUGAUUGACAACAUCAUUAACUCCUAUAUGCACUUUAUAAUACACAAUAACCCAGUCCUUCACUUAAGCCGAGAUCAAAUUAACGUGUCCGAUGUAAACAAAUCAAGUGAGUCUGUGUAUUUAAGGACGAUAAGGUAGACAAUAAAACAACAGAGAGUCAAACUAUGAUCGUGUUUGUAAGCGCUUUGAUUUCUACCAGAGCUCAUUUAGUCAGAAAUGAAAAAGUCCAGUCACAGAGACGACUCCGACCAAUUCAUCUUUUCCCAUCGCACCAUCUCCAGUGGUCCGUCCCUCCCGCAGCCUCACAUAAACCAUGAUGAAUAUUUAAUGUGAUAUUAAACUUCACUUCGCUUUUCAGUUCUGGGCCAUUUUGUUCAGGCUGUGGUGAAUCAGCUGAAAUCGGUUGUGUGCUAAUUAGGAGUCCGCUUUGAUGGAAAGUCGAAAUUAGUGCAGUCACUGGGGGACAAAAAAGUCAAAACCGGGGUUCGAAAGGAUGCGGCGCUGGAAAAACUGAGGGUGACAACAACAAAAUAAAGUCUGGAGUCAUGCUACGGGGUUAAAGCUGCAGGAUGCAGAUACAGCAAGACUGAACAAAGUGACCAGAGCAGAUUAAAAAUGACCACAACUGUCUCUGUCAGAAAUCGAAAUAUUGCUAUUGAGAGAUGGAAAUAUGAGAAAAAGAAGAAGAAGCAGCAGUUGUUGGAGAGCUAGCUGCAGCAGAAAGUUUUAUUACGGAGCUUGUGCGAGUGAUGAAGUCACUUUUUGAAAGUCCAAGUCAACUUUCAGGUCUCAGAGAGCAGCAGCAGGUGGUGGGCAGGAAUCUACACCUCCCUGACCUGACUGGUUGUGAGGCGGACCCUGCUCGCUCGUGCUGAUUGGCGAGCAAACCCAAAACAAUCUUGUGACAAUGGCGGACAGUGGGGAGCUGCCGGAGAAGCCGGAGAAAAAGCCAUUUCCUCUUUUGGACAUGACUGCCCACACUCCAAAGAAAAGAUCAGAAUACCGAGGACUGUAGCCGAAAAACAGGCGCCCAAGAAGAAGAGAGACCAGGCAAGAAAUAGGGCCCGAGUAAACAUCGGCGUAGACUUUGAGCAAUCAAAGACCAUAAGCGAUUUAAGACAUUUUAGACCAGAAGCGAGAAGUGAUUUAAAGUCUUCUUACCUCAGAAUCGGACAUGUUUCAAUGCUUCAUUUGAGUGAUAUGAGCGAGAAUGAGCAUCUGUUUUGUGGGCGGGGCAAGCUGGAGCAGAGAAGGAAGGAAGGGGAGGAGCUGAGGGGAAAACCAAAAACUGGUGUUUAUUCAGAUCCUGCCUACCCCAUCUUCAAGUUUGGUCAAGUGUCAAAACACAACAACAAACCAAGUCCAAGUAUCAGACUCCAGCCUCCAUCUCUGCCUCUCAAUCAAACAUUUCUAUCUAAGGUGGCUUGUAUUUCAAAAUAAAAGCUCUGGUUUAUAAUUCAGGAAAUAAAGCAACGUAAACAUCAGAAAUAUCAAAAUAAAAGCAUCACAAACGUUUGAUUUUAGAGGUGGUGAACAUGAUUUUACACAUUUCUUCUAGAUAGAAUGAAAAAAUGUUUUCUGAACUUUAACAGCCGUGGUCCAAGUCUGGUCAAACUCUUCGACAAAAACAUUCAGUUCAGGCCAAGAGGUCGGAGGUCGCACAAACACUGUCCAUCAUUAUAUUCACAGCGGUAACACCUUCGUCUCAGCUGUGAGGAAAGGUUUUCUUUUCCAUAUUUAAAACCAAAUUUCAGACCCAGUCAUCGUCUCUCAGCUGCUGAUGAAAUACUCCUCAUAAGUAAAGCCAGCUUUUUGGGCAUUCUGGUGAGCCGACAGCGAUAAACAACUUCAGGCAAGGCUUGUUUUUCCAUGUGCUGCAUUACAGUCCAAUUAGCGACUUGAGAAGCGGCCAUGUGUUCAGUUAAAAAUGAAGCAAAAAUUUUCUCCUCUGGAUAUGUCUGCGGAAUAAACGCUGUCAUUUCUUGAUUCAUUACAUCCACCAGAGGGGUGCCUGUUUUUUUCAGAUACUUAUUUGGGGUAAUGUGCCUUUAAUGAGAGGAAAGGACAGAGGAGUGGACAGACUCACAAACAGGGAGGGAAGGAGGGAUGAUCUGCAAACGGAUGGCUGAAGGUGGGAGUCAGACGAGGCGUUUAGAGUCCCUCAUUGUCCUCACUUAUUCUAAUGAGUCUCAGUUUUACUGUUAACACCAGAGCGUCACUCAGACUGAGAAAGAAACCGCCUUUCUCGCCGCUCCAUGAGUCAUACGUUUGCCGCAGUAACAGCAGAUUUGUAAAAGACGGAAACACAAGCUUCAUCAGGUCCGUCCUUGAGCAGGAGGAACAGUUUUUCACUUGUUUGUUGUUGUUUCUGAUGCGUUUAAAGUGCGGGGGAAAUCAAAACACUGAUAAGCUUUCAUGCUUUUUAGCUGCACUUGCACCCUGUCAUAUUUAUUUAUUUAUGUUUCUCUCCUCUGAAAUAACAUUUCCUCAUAAUUGCAUCCUCAUUGUUCACACAAACAUUGUCCAGAUGGCAUAACAGAAAUAGAAAUCUCUGCCUACAACAUAAGCAUCCAGACAUUUACACAACACGCACAGGCGGAAGAGAGAAGCACCUUAUUUAGAGUCACACACAUGUAUAUAUUGGUCUAAUUGUUCCUAUUUCCUCAUGUCUAUCUAUAAUUUUAUCAUUAGAGUUUAAAUUUAUCUUGUUAUUAUCCUCCUCAGUAUCUGGCAGCGAUACCUUUUAAGGUGUUAGACUUUCAUUUGUACCACUUACUCACUUUUUUUCCUUCAUAGUCUCUUUUUAUAGAGAUUAACAGUCAUCAGAUUACUGCCAGGAGAUACUAAAUCAUUAUGGUGAAUAGUGUUACACCUGAAUUUGCUCUUCAUACAUACAUACUUUACAUAUAUAUAUACAUACAUAUUGUUUAUCCUGCAUAACGAUGAGAGCAGAUGUCAGGACCACACCCGCUUUUAGGUGAAGCAGUCGGUUUAGGAGGACAUCUAGGGUUUGUUUAUUUUAUGGUUAUCUUAAAAUUAGGGCUGCAGCUAUCGAUUAUUUUAGUAAUCGAGUACUCUAUCGAUUAAUCUGUCGAUUAAUCGAGUAAUCGGAUAAGAAAUGUUUUGCUCUCACUGUAAUACUUUGCAUUGAAUCACGUUUGCCUCAUUAAAAACCAUCAGUAACACACAAAACUGAAAUAGGCCAGGUCUUUCAAAUGAAUAUUUUUACUGCAUAAAUCAGGAACCAAAAGUUUUACAUUUUACCAUGUAGUUCACAUGAAACUACUGAAGGCAAGGUCUGCAGAUGGUCUUUUAAUUGCUAUGGUAAUGAUCUUUGCAGUUUUCACUAAACCAGUCACAACUAUUUCCAGGCUUUGGAUCUAAUUUUACUUGUUUAAUUAAUAGGCUGAAAUAAUAUAAUUCUUGGAUACUAACAUAAUUUGACAAGCAAAUGUACAUUUAUUCAAUAUAUAAAAGUGUUAAAUUUUUAUUUACAUGUUGUUGUGUGUUGGUCAUUUUGCAGCCCUCUGCUGCUCAUCACACGCCUAGCAGGUGGUGUAUAGCAUUAUCACCAUGGAUCAGUGGCGGUUCUAGACCAAAUUACUCCCCGGGCGAGCACCCCUCCAAGUGCCCCCCCCCCCCCCCCCCCCCACCACCACCACCACACACACACACACACACACACACACACACACACACACACACACACACACACAAACAAACACAAAGAGAUAGAAUUUUGAACAGAUAGUUUUGUAUUACUAUGUAGUAUUAUUAUUAUUAUAACAAAAAAAAUAAUAUAUUUCUCAAUUGCAGAAAUCCUUCAAUAGAAAAAAAAAAAACAAUCCUGAGGGCCAUUUUGAGAGGGGCCCCAGAUCCUGAGGUUUUCUGACGUGUUAAGGUUUACAAAACAGCUGCUAUCUCGGCCUCUGUAGUAGAUAGAAACAAAAUUCAAAAAGUAUUUGAGAGCUUAAACAUGUGGCUUUCAAGAAAGCUCUCUUUUAGUUUUGCGAACCUUCAUCACAUCUUUGAAAAAGAACAAACAAACUCAAAUGAAAUAAAGCGGCUGUAUAAAUAAAAGUAAAGGCUCUGCACUGGAGAAUGACAAAUAAUUUGUUUUCUGUAAAACAAGUGGCAGUCAUGAUAAAGUGUCCAUUCAAUACAAAUGUAAAUAUAGAAAAUAAGGUGUUGAAAGGGUAUACAGCUGCCCCAGUAUAGUGCCAGUACAAAAGCAGAACUAAACACUAAAAAAUGAAUAAAUAAAUACGUGGCUGACAGUGUGUUCAUCUCUGUUCUCACCCAAAGUCAUGCAACACUCAGAGAAAACGCUGAUAGUGUGAGCCAAAUCACUCCCUAUGAAGAGGUUGUUCACACUGCUGGAUGUUUCUCCUCUGAAGCUUCUCUCUUCUCCGUCAUUGUUUACUUUACUCUUGAAGCUCAUCAAGCACGUAGCAAGAUCCGAGCAUGAACCCGAGCGCUUUAUUCGCCUAUCAAAGGCAGACGGGUACGGUGAUUUCACUCACCGCGACUCCAGAAAUGAUUAAAAACUACAAAAUGACGUAUCCGCGCUCCCGCUGAUAUGCUGACAUGCGUACACAGAGCAGAGCAGUCCCCCCGCGACUCUCUCCCCGCCUCGUCUCAUACAGUCUGUCAGCCUCUGUGCAGCACCUUCGGAGCAAGCAGGGGCGCCUACAGCAACGGGGGGGGGGGGCGCCAAUUUGACAGCAAGAGUUAAUACAAAACCGCUUUGCGGUUAAGAUUUAUUAUUAUUAUCUUUUAUUUUAUUUUUUUGGAAGUGCUCGUGCCGCCCCCCAUGAGUCAUGACACCAAUGCCGCCCCGGGCAGCUGCCCUGUUCGCCCGUGCCUAGAACCGCUACUGCCAUGGAUACACGGAUGUUUGUGUGAUUUUUUUCAUCCACUGCCGCCCGGUUUGUGUCGUGUAGAUGUUGAUUAUGAAAACACUUCGCAAUAAUUUGGAAACGUGAAGGGGGAGCUGCUGCUGCCCGGUGUUUACGGUAAAUAGACGCAAACACCGACCAAGUGGACGCUUCGGUCUCCGAAAACGCCGAGACAAAUUUACAAACAGCCACUAUUUCAAACAACUGGGCUCAUAAUCGUGAUGUAAACACUUACUUUCUCGCUAGAAAAAAUAUUAUUAUUGAAUGAAUGUAUAUAAUUUGUCCGGUAUGCAGUCGUUCUAUGUAGCUUGUUGUAGGACUAUUUAAAUUUUCCCGGCGCUGCGUCCGGCCGGCACGAAAUGCAUUCUGGGGUAUUUAGUAUGUAUGUGUGUAAACGCUCGGGCAGCCGCGGCAUACUCAAAUCAUCUUUGAGUAGUCAGUAGGCAGUAGCUACUGCUUGAGUAGGUAAGUAGAUAGCAGGCAGUAUGCCAUUUCGGACACAGCUUCUGUCUGUCCUCGUUUCCCUCCAUGAUUGAACCAAACGCGCGGCAGCGGAAGGAGCGGAAAGAGCACGCUUCUGCGCAACAGAAAUAACCGUCCGUGUCAAACACCGUGCGCUGCACAUGGUUCCGGAUUUAAACGAUUCCUCGAGGCAUAUAAUUUGCCUCGAGGAAUUUUAUUAAUCGAGUUACUCGAGUUACUCGAGUAAUCGUUUCAGCCCUACUUAAAAUACUGGUUACUGUACAUGCUAAGUAAUGAACCAGGACAGUACAGCACUCUAAUUAUUAUAAAUAAGAACAUUUUAAAGGUAUUGACUGUCUCAACGACCAAAAUAUGAUGUCAGUUUAUGAGACUGAGGGUCAAUGGUCUAGUUUAAUGGAGGCGGGGUGGGACGACGUUUAUGGAAACUCUUUUUAAAAUUAAAACUAAAAAACUUCACUUUAAAAUGCUGCUGAUCGUAAAAGUCAUGAUUUAUAUGUUUGCCAUAAUGGAUUUAAGAUUUGGGCGCCUAUUGGCUGAAGACUCCUGAAGUCAAUAUGGUGGAUCAUCUUUGCACAGGUCUGCUAUGUACGGUGGCCCUGAAGGUCAAUAGCACAAAUAUUUUAAGAAGGGAGGAAAUAAUUAUUUCAUAAACACUUAAUAGAAAAUAGAAAAUAAUCAUAUGAAAACAAUAUAUAUUUUUAAAACCACAAAUUAACAAAAUGACUCUCUAACACGUGAAAAUAUUUUUUGCAACACAAAUUUUGAAACAAAAAUAUUUUAUAGGCACGAACUGAAAUAUUUUUCAGAUAUUUUAAAAUUUUUUGACAUCUAAAUAUUUUUAAAAAUGUAUUUCCCUUUUUUUUUAAUUAUUUUUGUUCUUAAAGUUUAGUACUUCUGAAUAUUUUGAGUUUUAAAAAAAUUAUUUGGAUUUUUAAAAUAUUGGUAUGUUUUGAAAUGUCUAUUUUUUGUUGAAGUAAAAAUAUUUUUGUAUUUUCUGAAAUAUUUUUCUAUAAUCUCCUAAAAUAUUUGAGCUGCUGACCUUCAGGGUCACUGAUGCUGAAACCUGAUUGGUCAGAAUUAAUUUAAAUGCAAAUGUCCAACAAACAGUCACUGAAAUCAGGACCUACACAUUUGUUGUUCUGAAUCUAAAUGAAGAUCAGGUCAGAGGAAACAUUAUUGACUUCUGAUCGGAGAUAAGAAGCUAAGUUAGAGUUUGGACCGAACCACUCGGACCCCUUCUGGUUUUAAAGCCUCAUCAGAUCCGGAUUCUCCUCCUCUGACAAAAGUCAUAAAUCUCGUACAGCUGGAGGGCUUUGUCACUCGAUGAAAUGCGUCAUCAUAUAUAAAAAAAUAAACUGUUAUUUUCCUUCUUUUCAGAGAAAAAUAACAUCUUUAUCCUCUUCUGUCUUAUCUGAGCAAUUAAUACAAACGGCCUGUAGGAACUACUUAACGAACUGAGCCGUUUUAAUCAUCCGCCACGGUGGGAUGUUCGCAGACGCUCUGGACAGAUUUUGUUGUCUGAGACUGUCAUGUUUCACCCUCUGUGACAUUUCCAGGUGGUCAUAACUUCAGGGGGCAACCUCUAGUUCCUCUGAAGGAUUGUCUCACAAUCUUACACGGGCAUUCAACAAUCCAUCAUGAAAGGGAAAUACAUUAUAGAGGAGGCAGAGAAACCAAUUUCCACACAGACAGCGGCCUCAACAGACCACAAUGCACCACAGCCCGGUGAUAUGCUGUGAUUCGAGUCAGGGGUGUGACUUUUUUGACUUUCACUAUAUAUACACCACACUUUUUCCUGCCAACACAUGGAGCAACAUAUUGGAACGAGCCGGCCCUCUCUGGCAGUUGUCGAGAUGCAUUCAGGGGAAAACAGGAAAACACAAAGUGAAGUUGAAGCAGAUGUGUGGAGUCGGAGGAAGUUUGGGGCCCCGAAAAAUAAUUUCUGCCACCUCGGUUGUAAAGCACUCCUGGCGGGAAGCGAGUCUCACAGAUUGAUGAUACAUAACAGUGUAUCCAAGGGUGGAUUUUCCCAUUAAGUCUUCAGUCUGAGUUAGAGCCCAGAAACAAAAAGAACAAUUUCAGCUCCCUCUGCAUCUCUGAAUGAAUAAUUCCUUUGAAGGGAAAAAAAAAAACGUAUUUGAAGAAAACUGUAAAUUUCUAACAGCAUCCUAAAAAAUCUGAAUGUGAUAUCAAGCCCUCGAUUAUUCUGACAUGUCUAUCAGUCAGUCAUCACACGCCCUGGAUUCUCUCUCAGUUUAAGCUUCUGUUCAAUCAAUCAGUGACACUUCGGCUAUAAUGGGAUUUGACAGCUUAUCUAGCACUUCAUGAAAAGUCGGGCACCGCAGACAGAGUGAAUAAUAAAACACGAAAAUACGAGACGUCGUGUUUUAUGCUUUUUUAUGGCCACUGAAGACACGUCAAUUUUUCAACUCAGCGUGAAGCAGCUACUGCCUAUUUAGCUCUUGAUUCUAUUAUGAUUCAUUUAAUUAGGGUUAUUAAGUUAAUUUAACCGAGAUGCCGCAAAGCUCUGCAGACUGUGUCACUUCCACUGACUCGGGAUGAUAGUUAACGGGGAAGAAAGUGUCGUCUUUGGCACAUGACGUGUCCCAGUGAGUGAGUCGGUGGAUGGUAGCGUGUAUCUGCACACUCCUCUGCAAAACCAAAAAAAAAAAAAAAAACACAGUAGGAUUUUCUCUUAUCUCUGUCUGCUGGGAAGAAUUUAGAUGUCGUGUAGGAAUCCACCACCUCAGGAACAGUGUUGUGAUUUUCCAAGAAAUAAAACUCCUUUAUCAUGUAGCUACACCUCCUCAGUCUGUCUGAUGGGAGGAAACGGUGAGUCAGUCAGCGCAAACGGAGAAUGAUGCAGCAUCUCUGCCAGCUUCUCCUCCUUUUAGAUUAUUGUGAAACGCCUGUCAGAAAGCUGCAUGUGUGUGGGGGGAUCUCCCGAAAAUAAACACAACCUGGCACAUAUCUGGUUCCUACUAUUUGGCACUGCUCUUAUUUUUGUCGGGUAUACAUACAUAUAUAUAUAUAUAUAGGAAGUGCAGAUAGUGCAACAAAAACACAAAGAGAGUCGCAGAGUCCAAGAGUUUGCAGACACGGCUUCGGUUUCAGAUGCAACUUGAAAUUUAACAGGAAGCCAAAACACACCUGUUUGUGCACAUUUUCAAUUUACACCUAAAACUGCACAGAAACUUGAAAAUAAGAUGAAGCAUCAUGGAUGAAAUGUUCUCACUCGGCUGAGGUGGAAAAUUGUUGUAUCAGUAAAAGAGACCAUUUAUGACAAAGAUGCUUCUGGAGCUUCUUCUGACUGAGAAGAUUGAGGUGAGCGCAGAAAAACAUCUAAAGUGCUUUAAAUUAAAACACAUGCGUCUCUUCUGUGUUAUUUUUACACAUCUGCAGAGUGUCAUAUCGAGCCGACCUAUGACUCAACACCAACUGCAUCCAAAAGUCUCAAAUUAUAACAUAUUCUCAUUAUUUCACCAAACUGAGUCCUCCUCGAGAGUUUAAAAGACAUAUUUAAGUCACUAUCUAAGUCACCCUGGCCUUCAGCAGCCUGAACAGUGUCUCUAGUGGUUAUUUGGAGAGCUGAACCAUCUGCUAGAAAACUGCAAAAACAAGGAACGUGAAGGCUGCCCUGCAAACUGCAUGUGUUUUAUAAGAUACUGCAUGUUUUUAUGGUCAAAGAUCAGAGUUCAGAUGGGUUUAAAUGUAAAGUUCAUGGCCUGAAUAAGCUUAGUGUGAUUAUUUUGAUUAUUUAAAGAGCAAAAAGGAAAAAUCAAUGAAGAAUAUUGAUGGAAAAACAGCCUUUUAAUACAACCUACAUGUCCUCAAAAAUAAUCAAUGAGUAACUCAAUAAAGGGGCGGCUGUGGAUCAGCGGUCGAGUCCCAGUCAGGGGGUCAAUCUUAGGUAGGCGAAUACUUUAGUAAUUGACUAUUCUACCGAAUAUUCCAUCCAUUAAUCGAGUAAUCAGACCAAAACGACAGACUCAGAUACAGUGAGAUUUCUUACAUCACAAGUCCAAGCUCCGCCCCCAGAGCCCCGCUAUGAAGGCCAGACUCAGAGAAGUAGAGGACGAUCGAGGAACAAGCAUGUGCGUUAGUGGACUGCUACUUCUACUACACCGACAAUGUUAGGCUUCAAGCUAGCAAGAAGAGGAGUGUGCAGAGCAGCGCUGUCUCCGCCCACCACUCAGAGGCGAAUUGCUAAUGAGAAGAAAAGCCCCUCUCAACAUUCAUUUUUUCUGCUCCACAAAACCAAAACCGCGUUUACUCCUCCUUCUACCGUGGUGACGUAAACACGUUUUGUCACCUUGAAAAUAAUCCUAAUCCUGCUAAAAUACAGUGAUAUUUGAGUUUAUAAACGAGAACUAGAGGCAGAGAAAAUUCCUGGAUCGUUUUUUGUAACCGAGGUACUCGAGGAAUCGUUUCAGCCCUAAUCCCAGGUCUGUCUGCAUACCUCAGUGUCCUUGGGCAGGACUUGACUCCUCCUGCCUCUGCUGGCUUCACGCAGUAGUCAGACUGUAGCUGUAUGUGAGCUGCUGGUUUCCUCUGAGAUCCUGAAAUACUUAUAAAUAAUUCAAGUGCAGGGGGACAGUUUGCACACCUGUACAACCGGUUAGAGUGGGAGUUUCCCUCCUCUCCACACUCUCCUGUCCUCAAAACGUCAUUAAUGACAAAAAUCACUAAACUAUAAGGUUGGUUAUUUUCGUUUGCUUCAUGUGAACGUUGCUGUUGAUAGUCUGGCUUCCAUGUCAGUCCUCUGCCUGCGUCCCGCCUCUUGGGAGUAAUACACUUAGGAUUGACCGCUCUAUUUCAUACGUCCCCCCUUCGAAAACCCGGACAGUCUCUUUGGGUGUCAGCUCAAUUCAUUAAAUGAAACAUCAUCCGGGGAACAUGACUGUCUGUACCAAAUGUUACGGCAACAACAGACAAACAUUUCCCCCAGAAAUAGAAAUCUCGGCCUCAUUGUGUUGUUGGAGGAGAAGUCUGGGGAACACAAAAGUCAUUAGGAUUCAUUGUCUGGGAAACAUGAAUGUCCGUCAAUCAUUUUGAGCCCGUACUUUCUGUAGAAUAAUGAAUAUUUUCUGGCGUAUAAUUUGUUGUGACAUGUAUUGUGCACAGGUGGAGGGAGAGGAGGUAUUCAUUUUUCCUUUCUCCCUCUGGGGACAAUCUCUCCUUUCAAUUCAAACAAAUGGGUCAGCCUUUUAUUCAGGCGGAGGAUUUUUACUUGCCCUGUCUGAAAGGCAUGUAAUACACUCUGAUCAGCGCGGUGUUUCAGCAGUCAGAAUUUAAAAAGCUUUCAGGAUUCAGGAGUGAGAGGAGCUCAUCCAAAAAAAGAUAAUAAAUGUGGUCAUUCACAGAAAAGGGAAAUAACACGAUCUACACAGCACAUUAUUUGGCACAGAUCAUGGCGGUAGGAUUACAAGUGCUCUGAGUGAGCACGCUUACACAGACCUCAGCUGAUUUCCUCUCACUUCAGUCCUCUGCUCCCCUGACACCUUCGACUUCACAUCUUGGUGUUUUCAGCAGCAUCCUCUCCGCUCCGCGUUUCCUCGGACGGGGGAAUAAAAUAAAAACAGGCCGACAAACCAGGUAACCUGCGGACAAAAAAAAACAGACAGAAACUGCACAUCAAAAAGCAGCUAGCAGCAGAAUUUUAAAUCAGUUUACGUCAGUGUACGUUUGGCCUUGUUUCGGUCAUGAAGGAAAAACUCUGCAGCGAGAAAUGCUGCAGGAAACGACAAGAGAGAUGAGAGCUACAGUAAGCCAACCGAGCUAAUGCAAGCUAAUUUUCCUGCAUUAGACUUUGACAUCAAAUCCUCAUUUUCAGAUAAACAGAUUAUUUUGGUUUUCAUGUUUUGGGACGAGGGAGAUGAUAUCCUGAGUAUUAAAGUAAACCGGUUUUCAUGAAAUCAUCUUUUUUUUUUGUCGGUGUACCUUUUGGACCAAAGAGUCAGACAUGAAAUUUCAGACACUGAGGACCAGACAACCUUCAAGAUAAUAUCGGAUUUCUUCUCUUUUCCUUCACAUUUGAAAGGACUUCCUCAGGUCAGGCCAGGUACAAUAGUUUAUCUGAAGCGGGGCGCGCGCUGAAAGAUUUUCAGACCACUUUUUGGUCGCCAUCACCAAAAGUCAGCAAAGGCCACAUUAUCAGAUGGUUCUCAAGAUUAUCCUGACCGAAGGAGGACAGUCAGAGCCGCUUGGAGUUGAAAUCCUGAGUAUUACACAUGUGGGACUGUUGGAGUGGCAGCAAGACAGGAUGCUUGCGGUCUACUGGCGAUAAUUCAUGUCAUCCAGAGAUAUUAACGCUUGAGUUUGUUGAAAAAUAAACUUAGAUUCAGACUAAUCUACCAAAUUUAUCAAAGCAGAGCUGGAUAGAUAUUCUUGUUUCCUGCUGUGAACCCAGAGAGUUGUUGUCGUACCUGCGGGUUGGAUCUCUGCGGCGCCUUCACACCUACAGUCAGAGGUAUAUAAUCAAACUCUGUGUUUCUCUGUUAGUUUUGGCUGCUGUGAGGUUUAACAGACCAACUCAAGAGUGAAUUCACAUCCAUCUGCUGAUUGUGAACUGCUCAGUGAGCAGUCUCAGGAUCAUUCUUUGUGCUCAUACUUGCUUUUCAACAACAAGCGAGUUGUGAUUUUUGUCAGAUCAGACAAAGAGAAGUUGUUGAAUUGUGAUGUGUGGAAACAGUCUUUUUGUACCUUUGCUGUUCGACAAAAUUAUUAGAUUUGUGUUGAAAUUGGGAGGAAAUCCCUCAGAAAAAAAUCAGUUUUUCAUAACAUGGUCAUUUUGCUUUCUUUAGUCCUGCUGGCGUACAUAAUCACCUCUUCUCGAACUCUUUGUGACACUAGAGACAUGGUCUGCAUUACGUCCAAACUAAAGUAUUUAAAUAAUGACUUAUGUCUCAGUCUGAUAUUGAUUUUUGAAGGUCCUGUUCAGUUUGUAAAGAAGUUAUCUUGGUCAUCUCAAAACAAAUAAAAUAGACUGUAAAUUUUUAAACUAUUAAUUCUUCUAAGUUUGCAGCCUUCACAACAACCGUAUGGCUCCAUGCAAAACCUCAAAAUACAUCCUCUUUAUGGACAACUCUUGAGUGUUUUUUGCUCUUUUUGCACGAUUCCAGUCAUCAAUACUUCCUCAAACUAAUCAAAUCACCAUAAAUAAAGCCGAAAUACCCCCUAUGAGCGGGUUUGAAGCAGACAGGCACACUUAUUAAAAGUCAAACAACUCUUGUUUUGAGUUUAUCUUGUGCACAAAGUCCUGCAGAAACUACAUUUGUAAACAGAGUUUUCAAUCAUCCUGUCACACUCCUGCUUUUAUGGCAUAAGUUACCCAAGUUUGACUAAACUUCUCAGAAAAAUAAAAACUGACAUUUUGAUACUUGAAAAAACUCAUUCUUAUUCUGUAUAACAGUGUUCGAUAAAUGACCUACAGUAUAUUAAGUGUGACCCAUGACCAAAGUACGACUGAGGUUGAUUUUAGAGUCAACUUUAAACCCAAAAUCAGCCACAACAGGAGCUCUGACUGAUCUGACUUUUCUUGGCCGGUGUGGGUACCAAAUGUGUUUGGGCUCCCAGCGGGGCCCAGCACCUGUCGAAGACGUCACACUAUAUUAUAUUAAUAAAGUUCUCUAUCUAUCUAUCUAUAUGGCAAGUCCACUCGGACAAACUACUUUACGCUCCAUUUAAUAAGUCAAAUGUGCAAAAGCCCUUUGUGGUUUUCUUUAUUUCUGUUUAUUAAUCUAAUUGACCCUGAAACUUUCUCUCCCAAUAACAGAGAAUUACAACUUACUGUACUGUAAUUUUUAGACGGUUAUAAUUGUAGAUGUUUACUGUUAAAUGUACGCUUGAUCCAUAUUUCCUUUGGCGCCCAAAGGCGGUAGUUCGGCUGUAGUAAGUCCCCUUUGAUAAGUAGUGAUAGAUCGCUUUGUCCAUGAUUUCUCUGAAGAACUACAAUCCCAUGAAACCUAAUCCGGUGAAAACCGCUUCUGUAAUGUCCGGACCAACCACAAUCUUCUACGUCAUCAGAACCAACUUUCAACCAAUCAUAAGGGGUGACGUUAUAAGUAGGCGCCAGGCCCUGAGACAAUCUGGCAGCCCAAACACAUUUGGUAUCUACACCGUCAUGUCAUCCAACUACGACUCCUGUCCAAGAAAGAGAGGAUGCUGAAUGUUGAUAUAAACAAUUUUUGACGGUUUACAGAUAUACUGUAGAGAAAAAGAUAAUAUUUAUGUUAAAUUUAAUGCUAGCAAAAUACUCAGAAACUUAAACAACAAAAAACUAAAAGGUCAAAUAAUAAAAGUUCAACUUGACCAGGAACAAAACAAACUGAGGAUUGGAAGAGUUUACCACUUUGUGAGAGACUGCGUGAGAUAAAAGUUCAGCAAUUUUAGAGUCAUUUUAGACGGACUGAUGUGAGCAUUGAUCUGUGGCCUGAUGAUUUAAAAUAUGACGUUCAUUUUGGGGAUCAUUGAUGCUGUUUCCUCUGAUCUAAAGACGAGGUGGACCACCUGAUGCUGGACAAAAACAGCAACAUUUUCCCCCAUCUAGACUUUUUUUUCAGGAGAGACCUUUAAAUUCCAGCGUGACAAUGCCAAACCACACUCAGCACACAUUAUAACAGCCUGGAUUUGUAGUAGAACCGGUCUGCCUGCAGUCCCAACUCGUCACUCACUGAAAACAUUUGGCCCAUCAUGAAAUGAAAAAUACGACAAAAGAGGCCCCUGAACUGUUCAGCUGCUGAAAUCCUAAAUCAGGCAGAAAUGGGAGAGGGUUUCACUUCCAAAAACUGCAGAACCAGGUCUCCUGGGUCUUUAAUGUUUGCAGAGUGGUGUUAAAAGAAGAGGGGAUCCCAUCAAUUUGGAGAUGUUUUGGAAUUAAAUUUAAAAUGGUCGUAUAAUUCACAUUAAUCAGUGUUAAAUAUCUCGUCUCUGUGCUGUUUUAUUUAAAUAUGGGUUUAGAUUAAGCUCAAACCAUCCCGCUCUGUUUUCAUCAGCCUUUAAUUCAACUUUUUGAGGAAUCAGGGUUGUAUUUAUGUGCUCUAUGAUCCGUGUAGACCGCAGUGACAUACUGCUGGGCUCUCUGCCCUGCUGGGGUCACUAUCCAUUGUUCUCGGGAAAAUAGAGGAGGCACAAGCCAAUGUUUUUUUCUGCUAACAUAUUGUUUCAGCUCCCGACCAGUCACCGUUACUGGGAGCUAUGGCUUAUAACUGGCUUUCUUUAUAUCCUCCAGUCAGACACAGAUCUUGGUUUGGGAGGUUAUGCAGUCUAAUCAUAGUCAGCGUUUAAAAAUAAGAAAUAAGAGUCCUCGUCGGUUCAUUUAAGACGAGGUUUUAAAAGAUUGAUGCUUCCUGUGGUUGACAGCUCUCCUCCUACACUGGAUGUGAUUCUUGUGUUUAAUUGGAUCUAAAUCUGUCCCAACAAAACGAUUCAGAACCCGAGAACUCGGAGUGCAGGAACAGUGCAUGUUGUGCAGAGCGUUUCUCCACAGAUAAAUCAGUGGGUGAGAUUAUCCCCGGAGCCAGGAGGAGAGGCAUUUCAUCAAUUGGAGAUCAGGACUUUGUAUUGAUCUCGCAGCCCAUGCAUGUUUGACAUUACUGAAACCCCCCUGUUUUUGGUGACUCUUGGAUUUCAGUCAAUCCCAAUUUCCAUAGAGCACAGAGGUGUGAGUGCGGCGGCGCUGCGGCGGCGGCACAGCUGAGAGGUUGUGUGCUUCUGAUGCUCCAGAGGUACUUUUUUCCCUUCUUUCUUCCACCCACCUGUCAAACUGUUCUCUUUUUAUACAAUAGGUUACCUGUAUUACAAAGACUGUGUCCUCCAAUGCAGAGGUUUUUCUCUCUUUAUUUUUCUUUCUUUCUGAAAUAACUCAGAAACCUCAAAAGAUGAUUUUUUUUGUCUUUAUUUUUGCGAAAGUUCACCUCUGUUCCACACGUUUAGGUCCUAAUUUCUAACGAUUUUUUGUUCCCAACCUGAUUUCUUGGUGUACAGUCAAUGCAAAUGUAAGAAAAUCGAGCACUUUAUAGAGUAAAUGUAGUCCUAUGUGUUAAAGCAGCUUCAUUUGGAGCUUAAUGCCUCCUUAAGGAUGUUACAGAAUCGAUAACAGGAGAUAUACUUCCCCCUGUGGAGCGUUUUAUCGGCCACCAUGUAUUCGAAGAGGUAAUGUUUUCACUGAUACAUGCUGUGAAUGAUCUUACUCCGAACAAUUAAGUUGCACAAAAACAUAAAUCAGGUGAGGAGGGGCGGCAGAGAGGAAAGCUGCUGAUAUGAGAGGAAACGGCGUUUAGUUCAAUCUGCAGAGAGCUGCACGUUCACACGCCCGGCUGGAGUCAUGCACGCCUCGACUUCUCUGCACAGCUUACUCACAGGCACCCACCCACACCCACACGCUGCCUGACGCUGACGCCGUAGCGGCGUUCAUCAGCGCAGAGUUGUGUGAGGUGAACGGUUACGUCAAACAGCCGAAGUGAAGAAAACGAGAUUUUCCUUUUAUGAAUAAAUCCUUCAUCAGGUAGAGCUUGUACGCGUUGAAGAGCGGGGCGGGUGGCGGCGGCUUUUUCCAAUUGAGUGACAAUUACCACCGCCGAUACUGAAAAGCCACGACAAGGGCCCUAAAGCAGCCCUGAAAGCUCAUGUGUCGGCAAAAGGGCUCGCUGACACCCCAUCAUGUUCCUGUUAAUGUGCUCCAAAGAUGCUGAAUGGAGAGAUUUUUCAGGCUCAUGAAUUUUCCUCCUGGUAAACUGUAUUUAUAUUCCUGCCGGUCGCACUUGUAGAGAGGCUUCUUCCAAUCACUUAUGAAAGCUUCAGCAAGAUUACAAUAAGUGCAGCGAGGGCCGUUUUAUGAUGGACUUCAUUUGGUCGUCCUGUUUUAAAUUUUGCAGCCCUCAUGAGACUUGAUUGCGUCCUGAAUUCAGAGGAACUAUUAAAACCGGUUAAAUUCUGCUCAGGGAGGUUUAGCUGCAGAUUUGGAGAAAAGAAAAUCCUUAACUUGAACUUCCUGACAACUCAGAAUUACCUCCAUUUAUCACAGCUUAUGUGGAGGCCAACAAUCAUGGGCUCCAUUUACAGGAAUCAAUGGUGCAGGUUAUCGUCCCUGGAAAACCUCGACAUGGAGCCGCAGCAGCAGCAGGACUCCAGGCUCCACUCACAUCAUUGAACUUCUCCCUCUGUUGUAAUGCAAAGUGAGGCCAGCCGGCCGCUCUGCAGAGGACUCUCAUUUAGCUGCAUGAUGAUGUUUAAUGUCCCCGCAGGUAACAACAAUCAUCCUGAAUAUUUGGAGCUUUUGGAGUUUCUAAGAUUUAACUCAGUUUUCACUCAGGGGUCUAAAACUGAACUAACCGACUCAUUUCCUCAAACUUUUAUUUAUGCAACUGAAUCCAGAACAAGAACUUUUUGAUUCAGAGAUUUAGAUUUAAGCCGCAUCAUUAUUCAUGAACACAUUUAUGCAAAUAUCUUUAAGUUUAUCACCAACAAAAAAAUGAAAAACAACUCAGAUAAUUUCUGAGCCAUGGAGGCGAAAAACUUCAAAUCUAGACCAGAUUUUUCUACAAUUACAGACAAACUUUUCUAGAUUCACUGAUCCAGAGAGUUUGAUUUUACAGCCAGAUUCAGAAACUACUUUGAAAGAACAUUCAGUUGGAUUGACUGAAGACUGUGUCCUUGAAUUUAUUUUUCCUUCACCAUGAAAACGUCCAAAAUUUAUUUCAAAAAGGAGAUGCAACACAUUAGUCCGACUUAGAUUGGAGUAAAUCGAGAUCAAUCGGUCUCAAACUGGAUAAGUUUUCUGCGACCCAGAAGUUGAACAGCUUAACAGCGCCGUAGGAAGUCAGGCAGUGAAAAAUGUUGACAGAAAAAGGACGGAACGUAAAACAUCUUAAGUUUUUGUGCAGAGUGAUAAAGUUCCCGGUGCAUCUUUCAACAACAAAAAAACUGUCAGCCUCUUAUUCACGUGUUUGUCGGUUGUUUUGGUUCAUGAUGCAGUAGGUCACCUUGUUAACACCCAAAUAGCAACAAACUAAAACGAGACAUUUUAUCACCUACUCAGGAGCUCGACACGAGGACGAUACUCCACUCAAAUGACCUUAUCGCGCUGUAACUGUACCUCAAGUUAACGGUACAUUUAACAAUGUAGUGCAUAUGCCAAGCCAUUAAGUGGCGCUGUAACGCUGCACAGGAAAUGCACAAAAGACAGAAGAAGAGUACAGAGCAUGUUUAUAAAGGUUGUUUUGGCCAGACUCACUCAGGCGCCAUAAAAGAGUUACGUUGGGUGUCAGAUGAUCGUUUCCAGAGAUGCAGAUAGACAUCCACACGGAGAUGAAAUGAUCGUCGUUUACAGAUUUAUGCGCUCCCCGACCCGUUUUCAAAAACUACCGUCUACAGUCACCCGAAAUGCUAUUUCCGUGUGGAUGAAACGCCGAUACGACAAAAAACGUUAGCAUUUACUCCUGAAUUCGUUUCCGUGGUGACGGGUUGAUACCGCCUUCAGACAGACUUUGCAGCGGGGAGUGGUUUACUCUUCAUCAGAAACUGUGAAGUCGUACCAAUUCCACAAGACUGACUUGCUCUUGUCCUAUUUAGCCAUGAAAUUAUUGCCUUCUUUUGCAAACGCCAUGUUUGUUUACACUUGUGUGCAGACCUAUUACAGACCUGCACACACACUCUGCUGUCCCGCCCUUCCUGCUCCACUGUAACCACCUCCACUGACACUCUAGAGGUGGGCUGAGUUUACUCCACCUCCUGAAAGUGGAUCUUUGUCUCGUCACUGUUAUAAACUCACAUCAUAGAAAAAUGUUUGUGGCUUUUGUAUCAAAGGUGAGACGUUACAGCAAAUACAGACGCCUCCCUUUUCUCUCUGUAACAGACACUGAGAUGAUCGCUGACGAGUGGUGAGAUGAUAUUUCAGGCAGAAAUGAAUCAUCAUCACUGAAAAAUACAGCGUUACAAAACUGUUAACUUCAUUUUUAAAAAACACAAAACACGGCAUUGUGGCAUUAUGAGAGGAAAUCCGUUUGUUUGUACCGAAGGGAAGAAACUCUUUUGUUGUCUUGCGGCGAUUUUUGAGGACACUCAGCGCAUCAUGAAUACACUUUUCACAGAGAAUUCACACACCCAAAGCAAAUGUUGGACAGGAAAAUAAGAGCCCUUCAUUUCUGUCAGAGCGGUUUCAGCCGCAGCCAUUGUUUUACCGUUUCCUAUUAUUUUAACAGGUUGUUAUGUCUGCUGUGAUAGCGAACGGCUGCCCACUCGCUCAUCUAGAAAAGCAGAAAGCACAGCUGCAUGAUCGUCCGAUGAGAGUCCCCACUUCUCUUUGCUUUCUGAAAUCAAUCAAAUAUACGUCCGAGUGAAGGUAAAGCGAUGUAAUGAUACCUCUGCUGAGCGACUUCCUACAUAAACGCCUCAUUAAAAAGUUCAGUGUAAGUUUAGAGCUGAAGUUGAGGUUUACAGUAGAAGAAGAAGGAGGAAGUGAUUUUAUGUGGUUUUACCAAAAUGAGACGCCUUUACAAAAAUCCUGAAAAUAACCAGAAUCAUCCGCAGUGAGCUGAUGAAUAUUCAUGAAUGCAUCAGGCCAGAAUUUAACCACAUUUUCCGGCCAGCUCUUCCACUCUGGGUCAAAGUUCAGGUGAGAGCGGAGCAGGUGGGCGGAUCACGUUUAUAUUAUGUUGAAUUAAUCCAGAAUAUCACCAUUAUAGAUAAUGAAGACAGAGACCUUCAGUUUGUGCUGAUUAUUAUUCACUUUUUUCCACCUUCGUUUACGAUUCCAGGAGAAGUGUGUCUCAGAGGAAGACCAAUAACCCCACUGAAGUAACGUCUCUCAGGAAUAACUUAAUUAAAAACCACUAUCCUGUUUGCAGCGUCAGAGUAAGGGAGCAUGCUUUGGUUCCUGUACCGACUGCAGAAUCCUUGAUCAAGACUGCGACAGACUGAAACCCUCUACCAAACAAUACUCACAGAUUUCCGAGCUCCGAGUCUGAACUUUCAACUGAGCGAAGUGGGGUCGGAGUUCUGACUCGGAAAGUCAGACAAUCCACACAAGUCGACUUUUAAAAAUGGUGGCGCCGGUUGUAAACAGCAAGUAGAAGUUAGCUUGAAAGAAAAAUCUGCUACCUUCUGCGCCUUUGUGUUUCCUCUUCAUCCACCAUGGUUACAGGUUGCAAAAGGAUUGCACAUUUGUCCAGAAGUUGUUUAUAUUUAGGCAAAGGCAAGAAUAACUUUCAUUGGUGUAGCCAUCUUGUUUACGCUUCCGUUUUUGGCCUAGGCUACUUUGGCUACGACUUUGUAACUGAACAGAAACAGGUGUGGCGUCAUUCCCAGCUCUGACUUCUGACUUCUGAGGUAAAUGAAAUGCACCAUAAGUCUGUUUAGAGCCUGCAGCUCUGUGGCUUUAGAUCCAUUUGAUCUCCAAAGUCAACAUCGUGAUUUUCCCGUUUAGUUCGUCACCCUGAAGUUCGAAACUUCAGCUUCAGACUCGUCAUGUCGUACACAUGCAAACUAUCAUGGCUAAGAAUGCUAACAACAACAACAGCUGGGCCACUUCCUGACUUUGACAUCCAUGAAAAUGCAGCAUUAGUCUAAGAAGUUUUGUAAAAUGAAUGCUAUCGUAAUCAAUGACAAUAAAAAUAAAAAUACUGUAUAUGGUAAAAGCUAUCUAGUUGAUUUUGCUCUAAAUAAACCCCUAAUCUACAAAAAUAUACAUUUUUCUAUAUUUGAGAGGACAUUAAGAGAGGACAGGGUCAUUUUUCUGUCUGGUUUCAUGCACCUGCACUGAGUAAUCACACAUAAACCCACAAAUAUCUCUGCAUGUACAGGUGCAUCUGACUCAGUCUCAGUGAAGACGACGAGGACGUCACGUUAAAACAAACAACAGAGCUACCUUCAAAUUGCUGGUACUUAACUUUGUUCUCUCUUCCUCUCUAACCUUUACACUCCGCCUGUUUAAGCAAAGUGAAAUCACAAGUUGCGUUACCUCAUUAUGUAAAUAGCUGUCACACUGAAUAUUAACAAAAACAGCCUCGAGUUUCCGACGGGGGACUUCUCAGAAACACAUGAAUCUCGUGGAAACACAACACACCCACACAACCAGUGAACCCAAACCAGGUGCAUCGAUGACACUCAGGCUUAGUGACUCACAGUAUGACUGCCUCUGUGUGUGUGUGUGUGUGUUUGAUUGUGGGUUUCUGCAGCAGAUUCGGGGUUUGUGUGUUUCCGCCCAGUGCGCGCUGGGAUCAACUCCAGCCAUUGGACACAGACGAGACUUACAAUGAAAACAGAUGUUAACUGUCACCGAGGAGGUAGUUCUGUCAAAGCAAAGUGCCUUUUCGUGUCGAGAAGCGCCGUGUGGAAAGGUAGGAGCAGAGAGAUCGGUCUGUGCGGCGGCUGAUUAUAAUUAUUCUGACAAAUCUGAACCCAAUGUGGACAAACAUGUAGAUACAGCCCUGAACGGUGCGUUAUGAAACACAGGUGAAAAAACACGCUGGGAUAAAUUAUUUUGUGAGCAUCAUUAGGAUAAGACGGCUGCAGUGAAAUGGAGGCCAAAUGUCUAACUCGGCUCAGAUGAAAGCAGACAUCUAUUAACCGAGUCCAUUACUUUGUGUUGUACCUUCACUGUCUCUUAAAAGUGAAACACAUUCAGAGGGCACAAAGAAACAUGAUGCAUCGCUCUCAGCUGGGCGGCUGUCGGCGGUGUUUACUUGUUGUUUACUUGUCGAAGAAAGUAGCGGCUCAUGUUCUUGUCGAGAUGGUGACUCUUUCUGGUUGGCUUGUGCUGAGAAACCGUAUCUGAUUAUGCACCCUACGUCGGCCAUGUUCGUGUCCUGGCACUGACAGGAAACACAGAAAAGACAGCAGGAAUGAGUCUGCGGAUGGUAGUCCAGUGGAGGGGCCUUUAAUGCGAGGUAAAGCUCCAGUGAGGAACUUUCUGCCUGUUCCCUCUUGUGGACAAAGUUUGACAGCUAUUGAGAUUUAGUUAAAGUCUUUGGACAAAAUGAGCUUUAACCCCUAAUUUCCAUCACAUCUGGAACAGCUACGAAAAGGUCAUAUCCACCGAUGACAGCUGAUCAUAACCAUUGAAGUUAACGCUUCAAUUUCCAACGGCUUCCGUUCCUCUGUGGAUCGCCGGACUCUGCAGCUGAUCGCAAGAGUUCUAUUUUUUCCGGUUGCCGGAGCAUGCCGGAUAAAUUCAGCACAGAUUAACCCGCACUCUGUGUUUCAGGCGGAUCGUGUUUCACACCAUGCAAACGGGCGCGGACGAACAAGUGAAAGGUUUUUAGAUGUCAUUUCACCCUGAUGACACCAUGGGUGAGGAGAUACUGAUUCUAGAAGUCUAGGAGUAGAUUUCCUCCUCUGGAAGGAAACAAUCUACUGCUUAUAUGGUUAGCCUAUGUGGCUAUAGAGAAAACUCGUUAUUGCCUGAUUGCACGUGAAUCCGCGACUGCUUGUGAGUUCUCAUGAUUCCCACUGUCCGUAAUCUGCCAAAAAAUUUACCUCACAAACUGAUCUGGUAGGAAUUGGCAGAAGGCGAAAAAUCGCCGCCGUUCCUGAUGCGGUGGAAAUCCCGGGUUAGUUUUAGUCACAUUUAAGUCAUUUUUGCCUUUACUAGCCUCGGUCUACUUUUAGUCGACAAAAAAUCAGAUAUUAUAGUCUUUAAAGGCACAAGAAGAGUUUUGAAACAGACUGAAACUGACCUUCAAGAGCAAAUGAGACCAUCCGCAGCAAGGACGAUCACUUCUCUUUAAUUCUUAAAGCUUGAAUCCAUCAGCAGAGUUACCAACUCCUCAAUAAGGAAAUCCGCUAGUGGUUGUCGUAAAAGUCAGUAGAAGUCGCAAGACGACGUUAUCCCUGCAUAAUUUCUCAGCCAAACCCACCCGUUAACAUCCAUAACUGCUCAUGUCAGAGUCUCCAAACUUGUCGCUUUGCGCUUUUUUGAAAAUAAGUGGCUAAGGGGGUCUGAAAAGUCGCUAAAUUUAACAACAAAGUGACCCACCAGAGGGGUCAGUGUCAGAAAGAUUAUUAGCAUGCUAAAGAAGCAGCUUUUUCACUUGUUUCAGUAGUUAUUACUCACAGCGAGUGAAAAAUUUCAGUAACAGUCAGAGGUUUUUAUAGACAAGAGGUAUUCCACUGUCCACAGGGGGCGCCAAAACGGACACAAACCAAAAGUUAAUUUAUGUACUUGAAUCUCAUUCACGAAAUGAGAAUAAAAUGAAUUUGUGUGUAAAUUCUUCAGUGUGUUUCCAUUGUUGCAUGGCUAAAUAAACGUUUUAUUCCCACGUUCGUUUGAUAUAACUACAAUUAAAAAUGUUCAGUUCAAACUAAAGCAGUAGCCGCUCUGCUACCUCUGUACAAACACAUCAAACUGUGUCUAAUUAGCCUCUGUUUGCCUUUCAAUGCUUCUGUGAUUAAAUGUCCCAAAUUAUGUAUUAGGGUCAGUGCUGCUCUGGGGAAAAUAAAGAGUGGACUCUAAAAAGUUUCUGUUAUACCCGCAUAAAACAUUCAGCAGGAAAGCUAGCUGCAUUUGUAAACAGCCCGGCUGAUGUAGUGAUAUUGUGUCUGGAGUGAAGAAGCGCUUUUGUGAACUGUUUGGUAAAAGAUGAGUCAGUUCACGUAUUUUUUUUUUUUGUACUUUUCACCUUUGCUGAUUAUCCUGUAGCUCAGUGAGAGCCGAGACCUCCGGGCUAAUUAGUCUUUCUGAAGUGAUUGAUAUCAACGAUGUCGAGACGUGCCGAAUGAGUAAACCCUGAGAUGACUCACGAGCCGAGAUCGAGCCUUGAAGUUUUGUGGAUUGUUUUUGGAGUAAAAAGAUGUCAGAUACUCUAGCAGAGAAAAUAUUUGAUUUUAGUGGGUCCUUGACGGAGAAAUUUGGAUCAUAAAUAUUGAUUUUUUUUUCAAGAAUGAUUACCCCCCUAAGAGAUUGUGAAGUUUCCCAGGCCUGGAAGUAGUUGGAUCUGCAUUUGUUUUAACCAUUUAAGUCAGGCAAACACUUUUAUUCCUGUGAUUUUGUUUUUAAAUAUUUGUCAGAGUUUAAUAAGACCCUGAAAUAGAAAAUUUGUCCGAGCACUUCAUGAAUAUUUGAUCGUUUUUAUUGGCUCUGUGUUUUGAAUCUAUUAAAGCGAAGAUGUUUGAGGCGCUCUCCUCGACGUUACGACUCUUUACGGGGUUUGAAAGGCCGCUCACACGUUACGACUCGCAGAUCACAGAGGAAUAAUUAAGCAGAGGGAUUUCAGCUGACUUCUGCUUGGAAAGUAAUUUCAUUUAUUUUGUCGUAUUUGUUUAUUUGAGCGCCGGCUUUCCUGACGGUUGUGGAACAGCAGUGAUCUUAAGCAAGUGUGCAGUAGUGUUGCCAGAUACAGCUGAUAGUUUCCAGCCCAGAAAGCUGUCCAAAAACCACUGGGAGGCUGAAGAAAAAAACAUCCUAAAUAUAUAAAUAAUGAAGUUUACGGUACAGCAUGGAUGCACACUGACGGCAGAGAAAAACUCUUUAAGCAGCAGCCAACAGGAAACAGAGAUUUAACUAUGAACAGACACAACUCUCAAUAACUAUACUGAGAUAUCUGAAAUAUGCAGGACGUGCUGCUACAUCCACCUGGAACAUACAGGUAAAGAACAUACAACAGUUUGGUGUUAAUUAUAAUAAUAGUAACCUGUAUCUCCUCUUAGUGACUGGACUCAAUUAAAAUGAACUUUCUUAAUUUAUAUUCUUAAAGGUGGGGUAACCAGGAUUCUGUUAAUGAAGCAUCUUUUUUGCGGUGUAUAAACAAAAAAAGUUUUUAAUGUCAGUCAAUAGUUAUUAGUUAUUGAUAACAUUUGGUAAUAUUAUGAUAUUGCUGUGUUCUCGUAUGUCUGUGUAGAUGACAUUUUAAAUUUUUGAGCGUCCUGCUCUUUCUGACUGUAAACAAAGCCGUUCUCCACCUCCCCAACCUGAUUGGUUGUGAGGCAGACGCUGCUCCCCUGUGUCGUUCAGGAGCCCAAACAAAGUUAGCGUGCUACAAUAUCGGACAGUAGAAACCAACCAGAAAGUUCGGAAAAUUGUCUGAAUCCUCCUUUGGCCACGACUGCCGACACAAGCAAGAAAACAAAGUAAAUACCGGAGACUCUGGAGGAAUAACGGGCGCUUAAAACGGAGGUAGACCGGACAAGAGCUAAAAAGACGGGUCAACAUAAACGAUGGGGGACGCUUGGGGAUCUUGGUGACCCUGUAACCUUUCUGCUGGACAGGUAAACCGCUUUAACAAAGUAAGACAAGUGUCUGUAACAGAAGUGUUUCUUGUCAAACGGACCUGCUGUAGCGUGUUGUAGCUCCAUCGCUAAACUGUCCUCCCUCGGGUCCUGGACUAUGUCACUUUAUCCUAGUUGUAGAAGUCCUGCAAACAUUGUGUUUGCUGGUAGUCUGUUGGCAUCUACAGUAGCACCAAUGCUUUUGACUUUCACCUUGACUGGGCCCCAUUUGUAAUGAUCUGAAGUAUUUAUCUGCAUUAUAUCUGAAUUUAAUUGGAACGAUACGAGCGAGCAGGAGCGUCUGUUUGUGGGCGGGGCUUAAGAGAGGGAGGGGAGAGGAGGAGCUGAGGGGAAAACUGGUUGGGAGGGGUAGAGUUUACAUUCAAGAUUUCUCCUAAAAACUGGCACUUCCUCAGAUCCUUACUACACCACCUUUAAUUUACUUUAAAGCUCCUGUGAGGAACUUUUAAGUUUGUGUCAUCUUUAGCGCCCCUAGUGGUCAAAGUGGUCUUUGCUUUUCUUUUCUUGAGUCAUAUCUUCUAACCAAAAAUCUCAUCUCAUGCUGACUUUAGUAGUCAAAAAUAAAUUUCCCUGUAUUUUUUUUUUUCAGUGGAAAUUGUAAAACCUGUAUUUUUUUUCCUCUGGCUGCUUUGUCGACACCUACCCUCUAAAAAAUUAAAAUGAAUGGCCUUGUUUCCUUUUGAACGCCACAAAAAAAUUAAUAUGAAUUUUAUUCUUUGUCAUAAAUGUGAGAAAAAAUCAUGACAGGUGCUUUAAUUUAAAAUACAAUUAAAACCCACCUGACUCUGGAAAACCAGCCGACUCUACACAAGCCAACCCCAAACCACCCAAUUAGGCAGAAAACCGCCCAGUCUGGUAACUCUGGUUUCCAGUUGGUUUAUUUCGUGUCGGUUCCUCUAAAAUCUCGAGUACUGCAAACAAGUUAGAUAUGAAAUAUUCAUUUUUUUUAUAUCCAGUACAUCUGUUGAAAACUGUCUGGGGACAACAUCACUCAAUUAAAGUUUUAGAAAUCUUUAAACUGACCAGGAAACUUUUUGUUUUGAUGACUCAGACGAAAAACGGGCCCCACGAGUAUCUGAAAUCUGUCUCAAACUAAAUUAUAACAUUGAGAAUAAAAACAACACUGAAGGAAAGUGCUACUAGACUGUGGUGAAGUGGUAAUAAAUCCACUUUAGAUUAGACUGAUAUUAUUUUUAGGCUUUAUUUUUAUUGGGUGUAAUAACGACAUGUUGCUCCAAACCUCCUCCUCAGCGGUAUAAAGCAGCGCUUACACUUAGCUGGCUUUAUUGAUCAUAAGUCAUGAAACCCUGAUUUUUAAAAAACCCUGAUUUUGUCCAUCAUAUGUUCCCUCUUGUAUGAAACAUUUACACCUCUAUCUGUUGUGUUUCAGUGAUUUAAAUGUUCUGGGCGAGGGGGAGGUGGAUUCAGAACUGAGAAGAGAACCAUAACACCAGAAUUUAGAGAGAAAUGUCAUUUUGUCUAACCCACACAGCUGCUGAAGGGAACAUGUCCAGGCGUAUUUCCCCCAAAGGAUGGAUCAACAGCAGUACAAAGCUGCUGUAGCCCACCACCUAAAGACAUCAGGAUGUAUAUUUUUACAUAUUCCCCGUGAAAUUUCCUCAUAAACCCAGGGGCCCGUUUUAUCUAAUGUGAGCAAAGGCUAAAUAAGGACAGGCGGCUGGGACGGGUUUAUUGUUAUUGUAUUUGGAAUCCGCUGAAAGCAAAUGUGUCUCCAUCAGCUGUCAUAGUUUCCCUGCUAUAUAUAGUCACUCCAGCACUCCACACAGGGGAUCAUUACAGGGUCAAGCCUGCAUCAUUUGUCCACCGCAAUGUGAACGGUUCCAGGGCUUAACAAAACACCCAGCUUCCAAAUAGAGGUAUUGAAUGGAGAGUGCUUUUUUGUAAUUAACAUCUUUAUACCAACACUGACUCAAAGGGCUGUUUGUAAUCUGAACUAAGGCUGGACAAUACACUGCUUUUGCGAUAUGAGCUUGCACAAUAGUCACGAUGGAUAAUGUGUAAUGCCAGCCGUAUGUCCUGUGAGUUUUUCCACCUGACGCUACAGUAAUGCAGACUGCGUUUCGAGUGCAAAUAAGCAUGCAACACUGCUGCCAUCACACAUACUAACAGACUCAUUGUAUUCCCAAUCACCCUGUAACGUGUUAACUCUGUGUGCUCACAUACAGUCUGCAAACAAGGCCUCCUGUUAGUGUGUGCAUGGUGUGUGAGAUACGGGAUAUUUGAGUGGGUCAAAUGCAUGAUCCAAAUAAUGACAAUAAGUCUAGGUGCAUUAUUGUAAUUUCAUGACUAUAUAGAAAAAAAACUCUGCAUAUAUCUGGUUUGAAUGAAUUUCUGAAAUAUCUUCCAAAAGUUUGCGACAUCAGUUUUUUUUUUCCUGAAUAUUUUGCCGCCCUGUGAUGAACCCAAAGUUAAUUAUCCCCUGACACAGCAGCUCUCCUCAGCUUUAUGGUGCAUUUUAGCAGCUUUCAGCUAAUUGUUUUGGUUUUAUGAACUGUGACUUUAAAGCUCCUUAAAGGAGCCUUUUGGCAGAUUAUAGAGCUGACUAAAAUUAAUAUUGAUGCCUCUCUAUGACCUGUAAAACCCAGAUGAAAAAACAUCAGCUAAGAGACCGACUGUUUCUUUUACGGUAGUUUUUGGUGCCUGUAAUCACUAUCAAGUGUCAGAGUCACUCAUUUAUCUAGUUUGGUUUAAUUUUCAUCUCUUUGAGCCAAACAGCUGUGGAUGUUCUGCAUGUGGAGGAGCAUGCCUGUGUUGCAUCUGCAAAUAAUUAGGGGUGGGAGAAAAAAUCAAUACAGCAAAGUAUCAUGAUAUUUUGUCUGGUGAUAUAUCGUAUCAUCUCAUUUACCAAGUAUUGAUUUUUUCAAAUUAAUUGCUAAUAAGAAGUAAAAUUUAUGAUAAUGGAAAAAUAAAAUCAACUGUUUGUUCCAUCACAGUGCAGGAGGAAGUUAGUACAACAAAUAUAUAUAAGGUUUGCAAGAUGUGCUACAUGAAAAUAAAAUAUAGCGUAAAUAAGACAAACAUAAAGGAAAGACAAAUGCUAAAUUAGCUAAACAGUUAAAAAAAAUUGUAUAAAUCGCAAUAUAUUGCAUCACAAUACUCACUGUAUCGCAAAAUGGUAAAAAUCGCAAUAAUAUCCUGGCCCACGUAUCAUGAUAAUAUUGUAUAGUUAUCGUAUCGUGGCCCAAGUAUAAUGAAAGUAUUGUAUUGUAGCCCAAGUAUCAUGAUAAUAUCGUUUUGUUGCCAAAGUAUUGUCAUAAUAUCAUAUAGUUAUUGUUUUGUGGCCCAAGUAUCGUGAUAAUAUUGUAUCAUUAUUGUAUCGUGGCCCAAUUAUCACAAUAGUAUCAUAUUGUUAUCGAAUCAUGGCCCAAGUAUUGUGAUAGUAUCAUAUCGAUAUUGAAACAUGGCCAAAGUAUCGUGAUAUAAUCGUAUCGUUAUCUAAUCAUGGCCCAGGUAUCAUGAUAAUAUUGUAUUGUUAUUGUAUCGUGGCCCAAGUAUCGUGAUAAUAUUGUUUCGUGGCCCAAGUAUUGUGAUAGUAUCUUAUCAUUAUCGAAUCAUGGCCCAAGUAUCGUGAUAAUAUUGUAUAGUUAUCGUAUCGUGGCCCAAGUAUCGUGAUAAUAUUGUAUAGUUAUCGUAUCGUGGCCCAAGUAUCGUGAUAAUAUCGUUUAGUUAUCGUAUCAUGGCCCAAGUAUCGUGAUAAUUUCAUUAUUGUAUUGCGGCCCAAGUAUCAUGAUAAUAGCGAUCGUUAUAGUAUCGUGGCCCAAGUAUCAUGAUAGUAAUAUAACGUUAUCGAUUCAUGGCCCAAGUAUCAUGAUAGUAUCGUAUCGUGGGGCCACUAGUUAUUUCCACCCCUACAAAUAAAACAAAAAAAUGAGCUUUUUGGAGGCAAAGUAAAGGCCUGAAAACUUCUGAAAACAGUGAUUAUUGACAUUUAGGUUGGACUGUUUUGGAAUUAGAUCAGUUAAGAGAUAAAAUUGACCCUCCAGUGUUGGUCUCUCCACAAAGGGACCGAGCUGUCCGGGCUUCCCUGUGGAUAAUACACUCAAAAAAAAAUAUACACUGCUGUUAGAGUUCCUGAGCUUAAUUCACUGUGAGUGAUGUGUUUGACAGUUUAAAGACGUCGGGGUUAAAUUUGUUAUCAGAAAACACAGAAGUGGAAAGUUCCCCACUGUAGCUUUAAUGUUUGCCUCCCUGUAUUCGCCUUUAUCUGAGUUUAAAAGUCACAGGAGUUUGCUCAAAGCAGAAAGCAUCAACAAACAAAUCUCAAACGAAGGUGUAUCAGCGAUAAAGUCUGCCUUUUUUUCCCCGUACUGGGUUGUGUCAGAUCUCGCUUAUUUGGAUUUGAUUUGGCUCUGGAUCUCGUCAGGGAUGUCAUGUGACUCGGUACACUGGAGGUACUCUAGUUUAAGAUGUGAAUAUGCAAACACUUUAGAGUAAACCAUCUGUCACUGAUGUAUCUUAGACCACCGCCUGCAGCUACACAAUAGGAUUUCAAUCUGUUCUUAAUGCUCCUCGAGUGUUUCUGCUCAAGAUGCACAAAGACAUAAAAGGAGUUUAUGAGGAGCAGACAGUUGACAAAAGGAGCAUUAGAUAAUCCAGCAGGGGUGUGCACAGUUUGCAUCAGUGAUAGCUCUGCAGAAAAGGUCAGGUGUCAUCUAAAUCAAUGCAUCUCCUGUUUGUCGCCUUGUGCAUACUCAAAAUAUUUCACGUCGGACAAAGAUAACAAACAGACAUGGACGAUCGCUCUCUUUCAGGAAAAGUAAAGCAGCAGAUUAAACAAAUCUGUAUGUUUUUGUUUUAUCUUUAUCUGGGACACAAUUGCUCUCAUUUCCAGGUGCGGAAUAUUUGAGAUAGAUAAGCUGGCAAAUGCUGCACAGUCUGUAGCAGCACAAUUAGUUUCCAGUCUAAUUGUCUCUGAUACGAUUAUCGAAAAAUCUAUUGUUUCAACCCAAAAUUCAAUGAGGUAGAUUGGCCCUGCUCGUUGUCAUCCCUCCUCUCAUUUUUACAUCUAUUCAUAUUUUGCAAUUUUCCUUCUCUUUUUUAACUCCUUUGCUUGUUUUCUGAGAGUGCAAUAAACAUCUCAGAGCCCGCCGCGGCCUGGGUACACACUCGCCAUCUCAUUGCCCCAUAAAAUGAGAUCUGCGCCCUUAUUUGCACCAAGGUCCUGCAGCUCCAUCUCUCCCACAAUGAGAGAAAACGGCCACAAGGCUGGCGGAUCCCGUCCAUGGGCAAGAGGUUCAAUUACUUCAGUUGUCAUGGAGCAAUAAAUGACAAAUUAAGUGGCUGGCACCGAACACUGCUUGAAGGAGGCUGUAUCAGAAUACUAAUGUCAGCUGUGUGUGACAGCGGGUAAAGAGAGAGACGGCAGGAAAGGGGCAAAGUUUGGAGAAGGGAAAGCAGACAACUUUCUUAUUCAGGGUGAUUUAUUCUCUGCGACUCGACCUCUGAGAAUCAUCCUGCUGGAGCCUUUGUUUCUUAAAGAUAGUGCCAUGAUGUUUUAAUUGCCAUUUAAAGGACUAGCUCCUGGUUAUUUAUAGAUAUAAUAAACAGAUUGGUAUUGUUCAAUGGUGUUCAUUGAGAUAAAGGCCUCUGCCUUGUUUUAUUCUCCCCAGCAGCCUGUGAUCUUUGUUAAGGUGGACUGGAACAGGCAUUGUAAUCCUGUAAUUAGCAGAGUAUGCACACAGAAUGUAGACGCCGGCUAAUGAAAGUGCUCUGUAGUGCCAGGUUUAAUCACAUUUAAAAGGUAAAGUCCACAGCCACACAGGCAGCCCUACGAGGCUUUUAUGUUCAUUACACGGCGGCAAACGAAACCAUCGGAGGAGGAAAUGUGAAAUCUUGCUCCUUUGAGACCCUAACCACUUAAAAACAUUUUAGAAAUAUCAGCUUUUUACCUCCAAAUCACUGCUUUGUCUACUCAGAGACCCGAAGACUAAACCUGUGCAGCUGGGAUCCGGAUUUUCGAGCUAAAAGCCACCGUCAAAUACAGGUUUAAAUGUUCUCAUCUUGUGUAAUGUGAUGGUAAAACUGACUAAAGUAGGCGUGACUGAGCAAAUACGGGUCCUUGAUAUGGAGCUGCAGUGAGACAGAGCUGUGGAGGAUUGUUGACCUCCACCUACACCUCCCUCAGACGCCUCAUUGCAUCAGGAGGAGGAGAUCCAGGGAGAAAUGAAUAAAUUAAUCCUCAACCGCAGUCGCUGCAAAUAUAAACAGAGUUUUUUUUUUGCCAACUGGGAUCCAAACACACACCUCCUACAACGACACCCACUGCUAGCUAUCACAUUUAAUUGAAUAAAUGUAUGCAAACGCCUCCGAGUUCAGGAUGCGUCAUCAAACGCUGUGCAGAGAGAGAAAAGAGAAAGAGAGGGGUUUAGAUGUAAAAAAUAUUAAAAACGGAUUUUCAACAUAUAUUCAGGAGCAGGAUGGAACAAUAAACCAGGACACAGGAUUAGCUUUGGGUUAUAAAUUAUUAUUUCUUUCAUUUCGUGACCAAAAAUGCGCUCACAGAUCUUUCCCCCCAUCUAAGAAGAAACACCAAAGUGACAUUUUAUCACCCUUUAAAGCUGUUGUUGUCGUUUGCAUCAUUUUUUCUUCUUGUUUUGUUAAACGUGUUACUGCCUACCUAACAAAUGCGAGUCUAGAGCCCCUUUCACACAUGCCCCGCGAUCCUGAGUUUGUCCUGACGUUACCCCGGGUUGGCGGCAUGUGAGAACCCCAAUGUCUGAAUCCAUCACCCGGACAGUCUUGAACCUGCCAGAGCGCGCUCAGAUGUCCGUGUGAAGCCAAUGUGUGAAAGCAGCAGGUAAUAGUCUGGAGCAUUCAUCAUGAGUGAGCAGGGAAGGUAAAAAGUGCUGCUCAAGUCAAGCACAGUUUGGGUCCUUUUUACUCUUUAACUUCCUGCCCUGUGGUCUGAAUGUGGAGAUUCACUCUGGUGAAAUAGACCGAAAACACGCGGCGGCCAUAUUGACUUUAUGUAAAAGUCUACAACCACACAUUACCUCCUUAAAAUGAUACAAAAUCGACUCUUUCUUUUAAGCCUGCUGUCAAUCAUCUGGUCUGACACCGCCCCCCUUACAUCUGUUUAAGCAUCAAAAGGGGUCAGGGUGCCCGUUUCAGUCUGUUUCCCAACCCGUUAAAAAAUCCUUAUCCCCAAAUUCCACUGCAUGUGAAACGGCGGCAAAAAGGGCCGUUGGCGCCGAUCGCCGCUGAUCGUAUCCAUUCAAGUUAAUGUGUCAAAUUCCACUGACUUCUUUUUCUGUCCCCUGCGGUUAAACAGGUUUCGUAGCCGAUCGCCAGGUUUCUAUUUUUUCUGGAUGCCGCAGCAUACCGCGUAAAUUCAGCACAGAUUAGCCCGUGCUGGAAGGGGAGUGGUUUUGCACACCAUGCAAACGUGGGCGGGGACGAACAUGUCAAAGGUUUUCAGACAUCAUUUAACCGCAUUGACACCAUGGAUGAGGAGAUGCUGAUUCUGGAAGUCCAAAAUAACGGAAUAAUCUAUGACCCGUCUUAUUCCCCAUAUACGGACAAUCAUAAGAAGGAUAUGGCGUGAGAUUCCAUAGCCAAUCAUUGUCGCGCGAUUGCAUGUGAAUUCGUGAAUUUUGUGGCAAAUAUCGGACAGCGGGAAUCAAGAAGACUUACAAGAACCUGCAAAUUCACAUGCAAUCGUGAUCAAUCUUGUGAGUCCUUGCGAUUCCCGCUGUCCGAAAUUCGCCACAAAAUUCGCCUCACAAACACAUCCGGUAGGAAUUGGUGGACGGCGAAAAUCGCAACCAUUCUGCAGCGGUGGAAUUUGGGGGUUAUAGUGGCUUUAAUGUUUUCCCGUCUCACUGAUUCCUUCGACAACUCACUCUUGGAUAAAAUUAGGGUGACAAUAUUCUGAAUCGCCGAAAAGAGGACACGACUACAGAGUCACAGAGUCGGUUGUAGUUAAUUUUGAGAGUUUUUUGGGUCAAAUCAAGUGUCUUUUAUGCGCUUCUAAGUCAGUAAGUCCACGGGACACAAACUUGAGACUUCUAUACAAAAUCCCGGACAUUUGACAUUUGAAUAACUUCUCCGGACAAAGCCGGACAGCCCCCAAAAAAGAGGACAUGUCCGGGUAAAAGAGGAUGUAUGGUCAGCCUAAUAAAAUCAACUGCAAGAGGAGGAAGGGGAGUCCAUUUUUUGGUAUGAUAAAAAGCAUCUAUAGAGGACUUUUAUUUGAUUUAUCACGCUUAUCUCAAAAUGUGAUCUUAAUACAUUAGUUCCUGUGUAUCUAAAGUCUGGAGCAAAACCAAGAACUGAAUUCCUGGAAAUUUCCAUGAGUUUGUGUACAAAGAGCCUAAUACUCGCUCUGUUUUGGUGUUGAACCAACUUCUGGUACAACUGCGUGUCUUGUUUGAGACGUCUGUCCUCCUUAUGGUGUUCAGCAGGUAGAGCACAUGUCUCUCUCGGCUGAAAAUAUCUCCCUGCUUCAGCUGCACAAAAUAAAACAGAAGUCAAACACCGAGAGCAGCUGUGUGGUAUCGCAGAAUUAGGUCUGGGUUCAUCAUUACAAGCAACAAGCAUGUAGUCGCUUGAUCUCCUGUCAGAGCUCCACAACAUGGUUUGGUUAACAUGGGGGCGUGACCCACAAAUCCGCCAAUCAAUCAUGACAUCCAUACUGUCACGCCACCAGCAGGUUUAGAAAUAAGGGUAUUAAAGCAAAGCAGGGCUGGAAGUGUCUGAGUGAAUGUGAUUGCUGAGCAUCGUAGAUUAAUAGUCCGGCUUUAAUCUGCUUGUUUUUAUGGCCUCUUUUGUGCGACGCUAAAUAAUCUAACUGAACCUUUGGAACUUGUCAUCAAUUACAUUUACGACCUCCAAUCCUGCACGGCUUAAAAACAGGUGCAGUUUUGGCUUUUCCCCUAAAAAGUCCAAACACUUAUCUUAAAUUAGUGCAGGACCCCCUGACUCUCUGCUCUCCUUCAUCAUUUCACUGAAUUUAAAUGUAUGUUACUCAGAAAAACACGGAGGUUGCUGACCUCCUCUCCCCGGUUGCCUUCAUUCUCUGCACUUGUUUUUCUCAGUGAUUUAUUACUGUACGAUCUGCAGGGAACAUUGCACUGUGUUCAGCAGACAGACACUGUAACUGAGUCAUGCUGCAGCAGCUUUGUCGAGAUAAAGAAACGUUCGCGCCGAGAAUGUGAACUUACAUCCCCAAGGUGACCUCCUGGGAGAUCCUGUCAGGCUUCUCAAGGUGACAGCUGAGCUGCGAAAGCACGGGGAACGUUCGGCGGGAGAAUGAAGGAGGGCGUCACGUGGAUGAGAUUCAUUCAUCUUAAUAAAGUUGAGCAUCAAACUGAUGUGGCGGCAGAGAAGGAGAAAUGUAGAGAGAGACAGAGGAGAGGAGCAGGCAGGGCCAAAGGAAAGACUCCUCAACAAACACAAUGUUCUUUUCCUCUGAAUAGCACAGUACCCGUCUACCUGUUGGCAACCUGAGCAGAAACGCUCAAUUUGUCGAACUGCUGCGAAACACAUUUUAAUUUGACUCCCAAAUGCCUGGCAGCACAAUUAUUCUUUUAAGUAAAAAUCUGUCCCACUUUCUCAUAAAUAAAAGUGUUUUGCUGACAUACUAUAGCACAACACCGUUUCAAAGAGUUGUCACAUCACAAAGACCGGAGUGCACAUUUCCUUUCAACCGUCACUGUCUCUGUGAGGUCUUUUCCCAUAAGAAAUGCUCUCUGCCACAUGGGGAAUGAUGCAUUUUGUGUUGGCAGCAGUUUGUUUGCAAUAAAUUCUGGGUAGUUAGCACACGCACUGAGCAAACAAGGGGAAAAUAGCACGGCGCUGGGAGGCUCAAAGUUUUCAACUCUCGCCGAAGAUACAAGAAAAAGUGACAAGUGCUCUCAAGUGAGACUCUGCAGCAGCGGUCGUUAAUGGCGCUGUGAUUGGUGGCCUGUGCAGAGCUUUCAUACAACCAGCUCUAUUUCACAAAAAAAGAUGUUUUUUUUUACUGUACAAACAGUGAAUCACAUAUCUUGAUACUACAAAGCAAAAACCCUCUCAGGUGCUCGCCGUUUGCACGAGUAGAAAGACUAAAAAGCAGCGAUUGCAGCCACAGGGUGUUGAGGAUGCGUCAUCGGUGUUUCAGAAGUAAAGGGGGCGAAGUCAGGUCAGUGCACGGUCCUGCGGGUCAUGUUCUCAGAUUUGCAGCUGUGCCUGCUUGUUUUUAUUCCCUUGUUGCUUCUGGAGCCACAAGUCGGUGCUGAGUAGUGUGUAUUCAUGCAUUUAGAAAGUCAUGAACCGAUGCAUGGAGAAAUAGCCGUUUUUAUUGUGCUGUAUCAGUAAUGGUUACCUGUGGGGAGCCCUAACGCUUGUGUUGCAGUUUUGAAAUUGUUAAGUGCAUCAGCUACACACUUUUACAGUUUUAUGGAUCAACUGGGAAUAAAGUAAAUAUUUUUAUUCAUAGUUUUUUUAAUUAAAGCCUUGCAGAACGUCGAGUGAAUGAGCUAUAUUUCUUAAAUCAUCACAGAAUCAGGGACAGGAGGAGAAGCAGCUCUGAGCGGUGUCGACCCUCCUAAUGGCAUUAAGCGCAGGAGGAAUAUACUCGGUAAACAGCCUUUAGUUAGACAUGCAACAGUCUCCCUAAUGCAACAACAAACCAGGAAAAUCAGCCGCUAACACUGCAGGACGGCGCAACAACAUCAGAAAGAUCUGGAGAUGUGAUGUGGAGACCUUUCAGCACCUGCAGGAUACUUUGAGUUCACUGAUUUGUUUGUGCAGAGGAAGUGGUGUUGUGGUUUUGCAGGUACUGACAGAACUAUUAGUAAAACUGUUUUUAUUUGACACCUUUUUUCCUAGAAGAUUAAGAUUCAGUGAAUGACUCACAGCGCUGAGAUUCACGGCCAAAGACAGCGAGGAAAGCAGGUCCGCUUCCUCUAACAAUGAGGGCAGAUCAGCGCUUUUAUUAACUUAUUCAUAAAGCUUAUUUAAAAAACACACACCUCCCAAACGUCUUCAUUCUGCUCUCUUUAAACGAGGAUACUCACGGUCAGACGGAGCUGCAUCUUCCUGUGACUCACAAAUACUUUAAACUUGAUCCUGUAAAAUCAAGACUGACCUGAACCAGCGCUGGCGUCUUUGAAUCUCUGAUUUUAUCGACUUUGGUGGUUUUUACUUUUAGAUUAUUUAACCGUUCGAGGUCGCAGUGAUUAUUUCACCUAUUUAAGUGUUCAUACAUGGUAAUAAAAUCCCAUGUUUUAUUCUUGAUUCUUUCUAACUGCUUCCUCCCUGACCUUGAUUUUAUUUGCAUUUGCUCUAUUCAUCUUGUAACCUUUAGUUUGCUGCUAAUGAGAUUCUCCUCAAUGUGGUUUUCAGGGAUUUAUAGAAACUAAUGAUGAUGAUAUGAUGAUGAUGAUGAUGAUGAUGAUGAUGAUGAUAAUGAUGAUGAUGAUGAUGAGUAUUUUUCAUCGGUACUGAUACAGUGCAGUAAACUCUCUCUAAUUCCAGCCUUGAUGGCUUUAAUUGAAUUCAAGGACAGUUCAGUGAAAUAAGAAACAGUUUGAUUUGAUUGAAUCGACUCAAAUUAAUUUCACUUGAUUUGAUUUCAAUUUUGAAAGUUAAGAUGAAUCCCAGAAAGAUUUUUACCAAACUAGAUUUUCGAUUUUCAUUCAGUGACAACUUCACCAAACUCCUUUAAAAACAAAACAAUUUUCUAUCAAAACAAAACCACUAAAAAUGAUGUAGUGCAUAUGCCAAGCCAGUAAGUGGCGCUGUAACGCUGCCCAGAUAAUACACAAAAGACAGAAGAAGAGUACAGAGCGCAGGUAUAAAGGUUGUUUUGGCGCCAUAAAAGAGUUACGCUGUGUGUCACAUGAUCGUUUCAGAUGCAGAUAGACAUCCACACGGAGAUGAAAUGAUCGUCGUUUGCAGAUUUAUUCACUGUCUGACCUGUUUUCAAAAAGUACCGUUUACAGUCACCCAAAACGAUGUUUCCGUACGACAAAAAACUUUAGCCUUUACUCCUGAAUUUGUGUCCGUGGUGAUGGGUUGAUACCGUCUUCAGACAGACUUUGCAGUGGGGAGUAGUUUGGUCUUCAUCUGAAACUGUGAAGUAGGGCCUGACCAAUAUGGAUUUUUGGGGCUGAUGCUGAUAAAUAUCUACAUAUUUACUUGUUUUUUUAAACCAAUAUCUGCUUUUAAGCCUCUUAAACACUUCUUCAAAUAAAUUAAAGGUAGAAAACUCAUUUCAAAUCCUCUUUAUUGCUAAAACAACCCCUGGCUAUUUAUUUUAACUGUAAUAAAGAUGAUAAACUAAUUCUUUUCAGCUUAUUAUUCAGACUGUAGCAGGUGUGAGUGAAACAGGCAGUGAAACCGAAUCUUAUUCUCCGCAUUUUAUUUCUGAAAAUAUCGGUGACAAUCGACGAGUUUUAGCCGAUUGCAGAUUAGUCUCAAAAUCGGUUGGGCCCUACUGUGAAGCUGUACCAAUUCCACACGACUGACUCGCUCUCGUCUUAUUUAGCCACGAAAUUAUCGCCUUCUUUUGCAAACGCCAUGUUUGUUUACGCUGGUGUGUGGGAACUGGGGAGCGCUCCCGCAGGAAUAUCUGGUGCUAAUCACACUACUGCUUGCUAAUGGUAGUAUUACAGCUGAGGUCUCAUCAUGGGGGAAAAAUAAGUCCUGCAGCUGAUGUCCAUCCUUCAUAUUAAGUCCACUUGGAGAUUGUAAAUCGCAUCAGUGGUGCGCCUCCAAACUAACUAAGCGAACUGUCAGGACGGGACGGCUACUCAAAACUCGUCAUCGUUCAGAGUUUUCUAAAAAGUUUGAUUUUCUCUGAAGCGUGUCAGGUGACUCCACGCUCAGGCAGAAAAGUCUUCAGAUGGCUCUGCUCUCCGUUCAGAGGCAGUGAUACUUCUAUAGGGGAUUUCAGGGAUUGCAUGGCUUAUGAGACCAUCUGUAGGGGAGCGGCACGAUCGCCACCGCCGGCAUCGAAUUAUAACAAAUCCCAUACGUCUUCUAGAUCAUUCCUAUGACAGUUUGAGACCAUUUAAAGAGAGCCGACGUAGUUUCAUCAACAUCAGUCCUUUUGUUUGACAGGAAGGAGAGUGACAGGAUAAUGUACGGUUCCAUGAAGCGGCCAAUGUAUCACAGCACUGGCCUCACGCCAUUCUGCCUGAGUUGUAUAUGAUCCUUCUACGAUAUUCACAUCUCAUCACUGCAGAUGAAUCUGUGCCGAGCCCUGGCCCUUAAUAUCAACCCAAUCCUCAGAGUGCAGACUGUUUCUCUGUGGAAAUAUCACGGGAGGCCAACAGCUGGCCGCGGUUCAUCUCUUGUCGCCUCACAUUUUCAGCCACAUCAAUAUUGGACAAGUCUGUUCAAGUUCAGCGGCUGUUUGAGACUGUAGCACUUAAACAGAUGGCCGUCCUCUGGCCUUCUUUCCUUUUUUUUCAGAGGAAGCAGACAAACAGAACAGGGAUAAAACAAAUCCUACAUUUUCUCCCUGCAGUUUACCGUCUUGAGUUUUUUCGGUGUCGUUUCCUGGAGCGUGAAUUCGCUCUUCACCCGGUCAUAACGAGAGGAAAGCGCCUUUUUUCCUUUAACAGUAAAUAUCACAGCCUAUUAGGAAAAAUCAAAAAAUGACACAGCAGAUUCAAUAGGAUGUUGUCGACUCACUCACACGCACACACACACAUGCAGUGUCCUCUCCCUCAGCAUUAAGAGUUAGACGUACAGCCCAUUCUUUAGAGUUAUCACCAUGGAAACUGGACAGAAGUGAAGAGGCUGUAUUAUAGUGGAUGGAGCCGAGGAAUGACAGCAUCCUGGGUCCUGCACUGUGGCAUUUACAUGAAAUGUUUCUGCACGCUGUAUAAACUUCCUCUGGAACAAAAAAAACAAAAUGGACAGACUGUUCCACUUUGACCGCCUGAGCACCACUGAUCCCAGUUUAACCAGUGGUCAAUAACCGGCCAGAGCAGGAUGGAGAACAAAUGUGACAGUGAUAGCUGUGAUGAAACUUCCUCAGCAGCCAUAUUCAGUUUUACAUCAGCAGCCAAAGUAGUUUUCAUGCUUCAGUCCUGAGCUCUCACACGGUUGGAUUAGAGGUAUUACCCAAGUCCCUUCAUGCUUCAGGAAGUCGGAGCUCCUAUUCUGUUCGUGUUUCAGGACGUUUAAAAGUUCUGGAGGAAUCAUUUGUCAAAUAUAUUUCACCUAUUAUUACUCGUCACAGAGCUUGUUGGCUCUGCAUCAUAUUAUAAGGAUGAUGAACGUCCAUAAAUGUUAAGUAUAAUCAGCUUUAGCAGAUUAAUUCUCAUCCAACAGAGGUUUAUUAGAUCUUUUGGCUCAUUGUUGUCGUUUUACUGACUGUAAUAUUACUGUUUUGGUUGACUGGGAUCAUACCCAUCGCUCCUUUGUGGCCCUGACAUCCAGAGACGAUUCAAGAGUGUGCUGGGGCCCCGAGCGAAAAGACUCAAGGGGCCCCUCUGACAAGCAUUUAACAUAUAAAUUAAGUGAAAUCAACAAAAGAGGUCAUAAACAGAAACUCUUUAAAAACAAUUAUCAAUAUUAUGACAUAACUUGAAAAUUGUGCUCUAAAGUAGCUACAGCUCUGAUAUGUUUUUACCACAAUAGGCGUCGCCUCCUCGCACUUGUUCUAAGAUUUGGUGUCUGAGACUUACUUCAGUAUGUUUUAUGCUCCAAAGUUGAUAGUCUGUCAUGCAGAAAGCACUCUGUCUAAAUUUAGAUCGAAGUUUCAAAGCAACAAUUGUUGAAGAGGUAGGCUAGUUCAGACACAACUUUCAUUAAACACGUUUCACUGACAGUGAAAGCUGUUGUUUGGGUUAAUCACUCCCUUACAGUAUUGUAACAUAUAAGCGCACUUUCUCUCUGUCGGCUAACCUCGUGAGACAGUGUGGGCAUGUCAGGUCACAGUAAGAGUGAGUCAAUGAAGCGGUAACCCCAGGCUAACGUCUCCCGCUCUUAUGCCACAUUCAUGGUACCUCGGGAGUAAGAUGUCCGAGCUGGAAAUGACAUCACACCCGAGUUACCAGCGUAAGUCAGAAGAAAGCAAAAUCAGAGGCAGAAGCAAGAUGGCGACAUCUAGGAAAGUUAUUUUAGCACCUGUCAUUUAAGUCAUUUUAAGUUAUUUUAGCAUCCCCUUUCGUAGAUGUAGCCAUCUUGUUUCCGCCUCCGAUUUUGCUUUUUUCCGGCUUGCUAACUGAAACACUGGUAACUCGGGUGUGACGUCAUUCCCAGGUCGAACAUCUGACUUCUAAGGUUACUCGAACGCAGCAUUACACCUAAUGCUAGUUAAAGUAUUUGCCACACUUCGCUAUCUGUUCCACUUACCGCUGUCUUGCUUUCUCCUUGUUUCUUUCUCUGUACUUCUUUCUUUUCUCACUCUCUGAUAAGAAGCUCCACUUCACGACCGAUUUUGACGUUACUUUGAUUGAUGCACAUCAGUAAAGACAGACAUAGUUACGUAGCAAUGAUCUACACCCUAGCCCUAAGAUGUCGUGGAGGUUGUGGAAUAGGGUUAAUAUAUUUCAGGACAUUUUUGUGGAGUAAGGUUCGUCAGCCCUUGGGGAACAGACUAGCAUUCACUGUGGAUGUCAACUGCCUGCCUUGCCUGUUGACAAGCUCCGGCUCUGUUGACAUCCACAUUGAACGCUAAUUUGUGAACUGGAUGUGAUUGUGAUCUGUGGAUCACCAAAAACAGAGAUAUGCCAUCUGUUUUGGCUGAAUAAAAUUAAAAGGAAGGAGUUUACUGGAAUCAAACAAACAUCCCAGAAACUCUAAAAGUAGAUGUUUUUAUCGCUGCAUGUCUCUUUAAUGUGGAAAACCAGGUUAGCCGUAGUUAUUAAAGUAAAAGAGACGUUAUGCCAGGUUGUGUUAAUGGCCUGUUUUUGUACCGAACAAGUAAAAAUGCUAUAGUUAGUCAGACAAAACUCCUUUUACCGGUUGAAAGUUGAAUAUGUGUCUAUAUAAACAAAGAUCUGAGACUUUUAGUAUAAUGAUUCUGCAUCACUUUCCUCCUCAGUCACAAUCGCAUCCUGCCAAAUUUGCAUAUUUUUCUCAUCCCGAGAGUUGAGCUCAAGUUACAAACCCAGAAGCAGAAGAUUUCCUCUAUAUUUAGUAUUACAGGGAUAAUGUAACGCAAGAACAAUUCGCACUUGAAUAAUUACCUGCCUUAUGCACACUUCAAGUAUUUGUCAGAGUUUGCUUUAAUUAGCAGACGGUUUGACUGUAUGGUGUUGUGGCUUCCUAACAAUGACUACAGAGACUGGAGAGAGGAGAGGAAAGAAACAGCAAAAAGCAGAGAAGAAGAAGAAGAAGAAGAAGCCGAGGGGAGGAUUAUACCGCAGCUUUUCUGAAAUCAGACUGAUGUAGCCCCAGAGCUGAGCUCAGGUUUAUCCCAACCCCAUUUCUAAUCCUAACCCAACCCAGAUCUGUACCGUAUUUCAAUUCACCAAAUUAACCCCCAAACUUUUAUCCUGUUUAGUUUUGUCUGAACUUUGCAGACCUGCUCCUAAUAAAUGAAAAAAUCACUUAAUUAGACGAUCAGAUUAGCGUAUCUGUGAUGUCCUUGAGUACCUGCGCGUCAGCAUUUUCACCGAACUAAGAUAAGGGUUCAGAAAAGACAAGGAGGGACUCUGACUGUAGACGACACUGUGUCCAUAAAAUAUUCCUAUCAAAUAAAAUAUCACAGACUCUCCUGAAGCACUCAUCCGCACGAUCAAUGAGCGCUCAGUUUGAACCGAGGUGACUGUAUUAUUAUCGCAUCUAUUAUACACUCCUCUAUCCGUCUACUCCUUCAUAUUUUUCUGAGCUGGGUGUCCUAAAUUAUCUUUGAUUUGCAACAUUAGUUUGGUAUCUCAUCUGGAUGAAGGAAGGCUGAUAAACUCCAGAGAUCCAUUAGAGAGAGACGCAGAUUGAAACAGGUGCGGUGAAUUCCUUUAUGGCUCUUUUUUUACUUUGACUUCUUCUGCCCCUCUUUGACAAAUCUCUUCUCUCCUGAUGAAAAAAGUAAUGAUUAAAAUAAAGUGAUUAAUGAUCCGCUCCAAAAAGAACACACGAUGUAUUGUCUUCUAUUGUUUUGAGUUUGUUUCUUAUUUACUGCAUCCAUUCCUAGAAUAAAGGACAGAAAAAAAUCAAAUAACUACUUUUACCGAGAUGAUCAGUGACAGAUUUGUUCUCAGUGAUUUGGAAACGGUGAGAAAAUGAACACACUUUAAAAAUUAGGGAUUAAUCAAGCUUAUAUGAUGGAAAGGAGAUGCUAGUUUACACAGAAAUAGGACAAAAGGCGGCUUUACAACUUCUCAGAGUCCAGUUUCUGUUUAUCAAGUUGACGUCAUGGGGCAUUCACACCAAGUCAAUGCAAAGACACGAUAGAUGCUCGUACUACUCUGGCGGUGCAAAUUACGUGAAUUGGGCGGAGCAAAUUGAGCGAGUAAUUUGCGUGAAUUGAGCGGACGUGAAUUCGCAAGACAUGAAAAUAUCUCAACUUGAGCAGAUAUUUGUGUCGCGAUAGCCAAUCUAGGACUGGGCGAUUACAUGAUCGUGAUCGAUGAUCGUGAUAAAUUUCAGUUUGAUCACGGAGAUCAGCUGUGAGCAUAUUUACGUGAUCAAACAUAGCGGAAAUGUGUGUGACGACAGCCAAUCAGAGACAAGCUUUUCCUGCUCACUUCUGUAAGUUGCCGGAGAAGUAAACAGGAGAAGUAAACUGAAUAACCGAACGUGGCGCUAAAUGCGGAGCUGAGGGCAGCAAAACAGAUAUCAGCCAUGACUUGAGUCAUCCUCCAAAGAUGACAUAAAGUCAGUGCAGCCACCAGACCAAAGCAGCGAUCAAUCGUAUCAUCUACGUUUACAUAAUCUAAUGUUUACAUUUUAAGGUGUCUUCAUUAUCUCUGAGGGGCCGAUUUGUUUAUUCUGGGUUUCGCGUACUUGCAAAAACACUCAGGACUGUAAACUAGUUCACUGUAUUAUUUAGUAUUUAUCUACAUUUUUUGUACUGUUGAGUUAAAAUGGUUUUUAUAUUUUUAUAAGUUUAUCUUAUUUACUUUGUAUGUUAAUAAAGUGUUAAACUAAUCUUUGGUUUCUUUAGCUUUUAGUACAGAUGCUUUAAAACUGGCAGUUUAAAAAUAAUCGUGAUAAUAAUCGAGAUCGUACGAUAUGACAUAAUAUAUCGUGAUCAUUUUUUUCCAAAUCGCCCACGCCUAAGCCAAUCAGCAUGAAGAUUCCCAGGUGACGUAUGAAAAUGGACCAGAAGAUGUUCACUGGUGUGAAAGUAUAAACACAAAUCCUUUAACUCACAGUAGACGGAUGGACAGGCGUUCUGCAGCUGGAAUAGGGCGCCUGUAUUUGGUAUCCUGGAGGGAAAUUAGCUUUGUUUUGGUUACACUUUGCAGAAAUAGGAAUAUUGAGUCAUAUCUAGUCGUCAGAUUCUAGAUUUAAACGCCCCCUUUGCUCACCCCUCUUAUCAGUGAAGUUAUGGUGGCCUGAGAGGACAAAAAGUUCCUCAAUGAAUAUCAAGUUCUAACCAUCAAAUAUAAGUUUUUUUUUAUGCACAAUCACUCUCUUCUUUGUAUCUCAUUAUUGAGAAGCAGAACCAGGAGCUGCACAAAUCUCCGGUUAAAUCAGGCUUUGUCGCAUAAUGAGGUUUUGUCACGGUCACAGCAGCCUUAAGCUCAGGUUACUCUAAAGUACAUCUGUCUAAUUCGGGAUGUCAUUGGUGAAUUAUGAUACAGUUUCAUACAUUUGUCCACUAGAACAAAUGCUGACAUUUCUGCUCAAAAGGUCAAGACCAACCUCAUCGCAGCUUAAUAAUGCCCCGGAGUCACACUUUUCUGGCAAUUAUUCUGGUCCGGUUCUUGAUAGCGCGAUACUUCAGGGACGGCUGGAAAAACAGACGGAUUUUUAAACUUUACUUUAACUGAAAGUCGAUUUUUGGGAGUCAAUGUCAGUGACCUCACAUUGACUGACUCUUGUGAAUACAACAUUUCAGAAGCUCCUGAGGGGAGUUAUUUUACAUCUUUGUUGUUUUCACUUUUAUCAGACAGAUCUAGAGGCAGUCAAGCCCAUAAUUGUAUUUAUAUCCAUAUUUGUAAAUAGUAGACAACUUUUAGAGAUAUAUUAUGUGAGACAACAGACAAUUGAAUUUCCCUUCGGGUAUUAAUGAAGUUCUUCUUAUUCUUAUUCUUAUUUACAUGGAAUUACCAAAAACUGAUCAUCUUAUAGUCGAGACAGCCUUCUAGAUUCAACAAAAAAUAAGCGUAAAUUGGAGUCCUGGUGUUUUGUUUUGGAUAAUAGUUUUGUGGAACAACUGAAAGCUGAAAAAUUUAUUAUUUCAAGUCAACCAGAGUAAAAUAAAACAGUAUGUGGCAUUAUAAUGACCUAGAUGUCUCAACUAUUCAGCCUGAAGAUUUGUUCAAAUUAAAAAUCUGUUAAUACACUGUCACUGAAUGUGUAAACACAGCGAAUCUUUUGCUUUUGGCUGUUUAAUCAAAUAAAAAACUGAAUUACUGAAUGUUCACUCUCGUGCAUCAAAGCUCAACCUCUGUAUUAGUCUUCCAGCAUCCUUGUGCAUCCAUGGAGUUAAAAAGGUUAUUAUGACUUGCAAAACAGUAACGAUUAAUUACGUGACAGCUGAGUGACGUUAGAGGUGAAAGUGCAGUUCUUGCUUCUUGCCAAAGGUGCCGCCAAAGAGAGCAAAACUUUAGUCUUUAGGAUUUCAGCUUUAAAUAUCAGGUUACAUGUUGUAAAUUUAAAGGCCUGAUACUGUGGAAUUAUUUUUUUAUGUUUCUUUUCAUGAAAUUAUAAAAACUGCACAAAGGACAGAAAUCUUAAGACUUCAGCAGAAAGCAUUUUGCAGAAUCAGAGCAGCGGUUAGUCUUAGAGACUUACUGUUCCUGUGAUGUUUUUUUAACAUAAAUUGACUAUGAAGCUUAAAAAAAAAUAUUAAAGAAAAAACACAAUGAUACAAUGACAGUUCCAAGUAAACAAGUAUGACCUCUGGAGCAACAUCUAUUUGUGGUUUUUGUUCUUUUUGCAGAACUUAAUGUCUAUUUUGACAGGCUGCAUCAGCAAAUACUGUGUGUGUAUGUGUGUGCACGUGCAUGCGUGUGCGUGUUUGUGUGUGCAAAGAGAGAGAGGAACCGAACACUGCAGCGCUGAUAUCUUCCUCACUCGUGUUCAAUGAGAACAAAUCUGCGCAUCUAUCUCUCCUGGCAUCCACAUCUAGGUAACUUAUAUCUACAUACAUCAGGAAAGACUCUGCAGUGACUCAUAAACUGUCCGUCCACUAAAUAACUGUAAAUCUGAGCAUGCAUUGCCAGCAUUGAUGAGCAGAAAAUGGGAUGAGCAGCAUUAGGAGGAGAUAAAUCCCCACAUCUGAAGGAUUAUGGUUAUUUUGACAAAUGCAAAGCGCUUUUCAAAUAGAAAUGUAAUUACAUGCUGAAUAUUAAAGUCAGCAAAAGAUGAUCUUUCUCACACAUGAAGCAUUAAGCUUUAACAACUUUUAGUUAUUUUGCACACAGUUGUUUGUUUUUCCGUGUAAUUCUCUUAACCUGAUCUGUCGUCUCGUUCGUGUGAUUUAUUAAAUUUUAACCUCAUAUUUACCCCGUUUCUGAACAUGUACCAGUUCGUUAAUGAUGUGGGCAGUGAUCGCGCUUCAUGUCUGCUUCAGUCAACUCGUUUUUCAAUUUAUCAGGUCCAAGCAACAAUCAGGGAAGGGGGUCUCGUGGCCAUUAGCAUGCCAUUCAGCCUCCAUGUGUGUGCAGCCUAAUAGACAGCGAUGAUAAUAGAGGCUUGUCUGUGCUCUCUCGCUGCAGCGUUGACCACUGAGUGAAUUAUCCAGCUGACAGAGAGCAGCAGCGCAGCUUAGGAGGCGGAGGAUGUUGUUAAUAUGCCAAUGAGAGCUCGGGCCUCCCGUGCCAGUCUGAGGCAUGCUGACAUGGUGCAGCUGCCUAUCACAUAAUUGGGAAUCAUUUAGCUGCAGCUUGACCUACAUUCAGAGCCGUGCGAAAGAGGGACCACCUAUGUGAAUGUUUUUAUUAGCAAUCCAAAGAUAAUCACUCGGGAGUUAGUUACAAUUAAUGGCUGUGUGCUGAGUUUGGAUCGUCAUCCUCCUCCUCUUCUUCAUCUGCAGUAAAGUGCUUUAGAGAGGGUUAGCCGAGCGCUUCACAGAGGAACUGCCUUUGGUUAGAAAAUAACUGAAACUGACAGAAAGUGAAUUUUAUAUAACUGUUUUUUUACAUUAUUUGAUUAAGGACAGAGUCAGACCUUCUCUUUUCUCUGAAAGGGACAGCUUAACAUAGUUUAAAAUAUCCUUUAGGUUUAUGUUUUGGCUGACAGUUGGAUAAGUUUUAGUAUCUUGUGAUGAGGCUGGAUUUACUGUAGGGUGAAACUGGUCGCCCAGGAGUUAUCCAAAGCAUCCAGACUUAAGAAAUAUAAUAAAACUUCAUGUUUCGAAUCGUGAUCAUGUUGUGAAAACUUAAAAGAGGGAAAAACGUGUCCCUCAGUCACUGUGUAAGGAAAACACAGACGGAGGGAUUCCAGUUAAAAAUGAAGAUCUUAUAAUAGCUCGUGUGUUUCUCUUUGCCUGCUGGUGCUGCAGCCAGGAUGAGCUGUCAGCACCAGGUGUUUCAUCUUCAGAUGUUGUUGUACUUUUAGAGUCAUCGCCAGUGAAGCACCUCCAUAUGUAUGAAUAUCAAACCUGUUUUAAGAAACCCAAGAAUCAGAGUCACCAUUUUGACCACGAAUGAAUUGACUUGACUACAGCGCCAACCAGUGGUAGGAGGAGCUGGCGAAUCCCAAUUAUCAGUUUUGGUCUAGUAUCUUUAUCAGCCUUUUAUCCCACUAAUAGUUAAUGAAAUAACACGUGUCCUACUUUGGCGUCUCUGUCAGCAUGUUUUUACCUCUGAGUUUGUUUCCUCGCACCAUCUCUUAUCACCAAACAUCCCACUCACAACAUUAUCCAAUUGGCUAGAUCUCCAAUGACCAACAUUUGCUUUUCGUUUUUACUGCAAAUACAUGUUGGUUGCAAGUGUUGAUUAUCGGUCUCUGUGAGUAAAAAACACAGAAACCUCAUCCUAAAUGACACAUUUCAUCUUUCAUCUUUUCCUGUUGACAAUGUGGCAAAAAUCCUGAAUAACUCUAACCACAAAUAUCCACUGCGUCUGGAGCAGCUAAGAAAAGGCUGUAUCCGCCGAUUGCAGCUGAUCGUUUCCAUUCAAGUUAACGUGUCAAUUUCCAAUGGCUUCUUUCCAUUCCGCUGCGGAUCAGUGGACUCCGCAGCUGAUUGCAUGAGUUCUAUUUUUUCGGGACGCCGGAGCAUGCCGGAUAAAUUCAGCACAGAUUAACCAGACACAAAAUAAAACAUUCGUCUUCUUUUCAAAAUAAAACACUCCAUGUUUCAGGAGGAUCGUAUUUCACACCAUGCAAACGGCGGAGACGAAAAAGUGAAAGGUUUUUAGACGUCAUUUCACCGCGAUGACACCAUGGAUGAGGAGAUGCUGAUUCUAGAAGCCUAGAGUUGGAUUUCCUCCAAUCUACUGCUUAUAUGUUUAUGUGUCUGUCUUUAUAGAGACAACUCGUUAUCGCAUGAUUGCACGUGAAUUCGCGGGUUCUGGUGAGUUCUUGCGAUUCCUGAUGUUCGUAAUCCGCCAGGAAAUUCGCCUCACAAACGUAUCUGGUAGGAAUUGGCGGACGGCGAAAAUCACUGUUCGGGAAAGGAGUCGUUCCAGAUGCUGUGGAAAUUUGCUGUAGCUCCAACUCAAACCAGUUAACAGUGGAGAAAAAGAUGACAGACAGUGAGGAGCUCAGGACGUUAAGUAAAAGAGACAUCACUCAAACCGAAGAAAACAACUUCACUUUCCUGAUACACUAUUUCUGCUCUCUUUUAUCCACUGUUUUAAUUGUCCUUCGAGGACAAAUGAAGUUUUUUAACUAAAUUAAUUGCCAUGGAAACAUUACCGAACACUGAAUCUGAGAAGAAUAUUUUCCGGCUGCAUUGGUAAAUCUUUCUUGAAGUAAUGAAAUCCUCCCUGAAUCAGAACUUGUUAUCCUACUGUGUCUCAUUGCUGAUGUUUUUACAGCUGAAAGUUUCACUCACUCUAUCUUCACUGAGGAUCUUUUCCAGGGAAACUCUUUGAAGAAGCUGUUUUUGGCAGAACGCAAUUUAUCAUUUUUUGACAUUUCACCUGGCAGCAGCACAGCAGCAGCUCCGCACAUUAAAAAUAACUAUACAGGAAAAAAAUAACCUUUAUGCUGAUUGGCUCAUUUGCAUAUGUAGCUGAUAGAGAAGCAUUAGUCAUUUCAGUCAGUCUCAUAAUCAGCUUAAAACUCGUCACAUCAGCUUUUACCCAUUUUUAGUCUCUAUGCAAGGCUAAUUAUGAAGCUAGCUAGCCGGCAUGUUUGCUGUGUCAUCACAUUUGCUCCUUGUGGAAAAAGUCAGUGUCAAGCCCUGUACUGUAAUUAAUUAAUUGCAAUUAACACAUUAGUUGUUUGUGAUAAUAACAAACAUAAAGCUGACUUAAAACCCAAUUUUUGUCAAUUAUCCCGACAGCGUUCAACCUCACUGUGACGCCUCGUUACCUCCAGCUGACACGUGUAGCUGAAAUGUUAUCAUGGACUCAUUUAUAUGUUGGACAUGAACAGCUCGCUCCAGUUCUCCUGGUUGAUACGUGAACGUGACUCUGGGAUAAAAGAGCGUCUUAGCAUAAAACCCUGCAUUUGAAACCUUAGUUAAAAAGUACCAGCCAAUCACAGCGCAGGAGGGCUGGAUUACCCUCGAUUCCUCUGGGGGUAAAAGAUGCGGCCGGCGUAGCUUUGCAUCCUUUCGCUUUACUCUUGGGAAGAAGGAAGGCAAAUCAGGGGUUUUUAAAGCAGCUAUUCCCUGUAAACAUCUCUUUGAAUUGAUCUCCAUGUCGUCAGAUCUGAUGUGUUUUUUAAAAGUCCGUCUCAGACCGGCGGGGAGUUGACUUAUUGUGUCUACUGAAAAGUUUACAGCGCGAACCGUGGUCUGAGCUCAGAGCGGUCACUGACACAGGAACUGAAUAAUUUGCCACAUCGCCUGAGGUGAGGAUUGCACUGCUUAUGUUUUGCUGAGGCUCAGACAUGUACCCUCUAAACCCACCUGGGAUUUCAGUCUCUGCUCCAGGUCUUCUUGAUUUCUCCCCAGUUUGUCAAUUAGACAGUUUUCUACCAUGUUUUUAACGCUGUAGUCAUUUUUAUUACACCAGCUGUCAGUCAUAGAAACAUUUUUAUGUAAUCUCUAACAUCUCUCUUGUUUAAUUUAGUUUGUUUUAUCCCAAACAAAUACAACAUAAAAGAAAUAACUACAUUAACAGCAGUUGCCUCUCGAAUUUUAAACAAUUAAGAAGAUUGUUUUUUAAUAUUACCGACUCUCGACGCUGCAAUCAUUACUGAUAAGCUGAAAGGAAAACAGUUGUCUAAUGAUAAACGGGGAAUAGGUUGUAUUAACUCGAGGUUUAAAUGUAUUACACGGUACAAAAGAUAUAAAGCAGCACCUGGAAUAGAUUAGCGUCCACAGGUUGGUGCAGGACGUCCAUUGUUUUCUCUUCAAAUUCAUUUCAGAUUAAAUAGGAUGAGCCUUAGCUUUAACAGUUAACACAAAGUGAAGACAAGAUCAGGCUCAUGCCAGAUGCCAGCUUUAUUGUGUUGGCCAGUAGCCAGUGACUCACUGAAUACCGACUUACACUUGUCAAGAGGAAACAAGGCUAUUCUUAGAGAGCUAUUGUAAUCAAGAGAUUUGAAUUCAUUUUUUAUUUACCCGGAGCUGUGUUGUACAAGGAGAUUGGAAAAGACUUCCUGAGCCAUUAAAGUUGAGGAAAGAUGGUGAUGGUGCCUCGGGCAAAAAUCCGACUGUAUGCUGCGUUCAGCUCUAAGCAGGCCGGCUGGCAGCCGUCCAAGCUAAGCUAGCCAAUGAGUCACCUCUGCGAGAGCUCCAACCAUAACAGCCAGCGUUCCCCCAAUAUUCCUGAUUAAAGCUGAGCGCUCUCUCUACUCGGUUGGCCAAAAAGGCUUUUUAUUCCUUCCUUCUUUGCAGAGACAUGACACUGAUCCUGUUUUAGUUUACUGCUUAAGAAAAACAGAUAUUUAAACUUUUUCUCAUCAGUGGAGAAACUGUGAAAAAGCUGCAUCUGCUGAGUGUGAAUCAAACAUGUUUUAAAGCCGUACAACGCUGCGUUAAACUGUGAAACUGAGAAAUGAGCGAAAAAAACAACAUUUAUUUUCAUUUAAUGAGUCUAAACUGCAGAGAGACUUAUGAGGAGAGCUGACAUUAAGUUAAUUGAUUUUGUUUUAUGACAUUUUGUAAUUUGUUUAUUUCAGUAAUUAGUAUGAAAUCUCAUCCAGGGAGAGUCUGGGUGGGUUUAAAAAAAUAAAAAGUGAUAAUCGAUUGGCUAAUUAAAAAGUGAUAAUCGAUUGGCUAAUUAAAAAAUAUUGGGAUGUUGUUGGAGUUAAAACUGUGACCUUUGUGAACACAGAAAAGCUGUUUUUCAAACUGAAUCAAUAACACAAAGAUUCAUUAUUUUUAAGCAGGUUGAAUCUGUACUUAUUAUUUCAGCUGCUUUUACAUCUCAUAUGGUUCCACUUUAGACUCAUGCAGACUGGAUUUAUAUCACAACUGAAUAUUCAACAACUGCUUAAUUGCAAAUAAUGCUGACACGUUCCCCAAGGAUACGUUGCUUUUAAUUCUAUCUAACAGAGCGCAGCAUGCUAACAUGCUGUAACGAAGUGGUGAACAUGGCAAACAUUAUUCCCCACUUAACAUGAGCAUGCAUUGGAUUUGCAAAAUGUCAGCAGAAGCAGUGGUUUGCCUAAUGCGGCCUAUUCAUUCAUUUAAUUAAGGCCAAGGAGAUUGUGCAGAUGUGAUUUAAGUGUAUGCACGCCAUGUGGAUGUAAAGAGUCCACUAUUUGUCCUCUCUUAAAUCAAGCACCUGUUUUCAGAUCCUCUAGUAAGCUUUCGAAUGUAUAGAUGUGAAUUUCUUAAACUGUGUUUUAUUGUCUUCUUCUGAAUCUACCUCCACCAACGCAGCCCAUUGUGUUUGUUUCUGUUUGAGGGUCUGAAUGCCUGCUUGGUCUUCUUAAAUAGCUCACGUAGAGGUUUAUAACUGAGCCAGCGCCAAAUAUACAGCAGACCAAGACACGAUCAAUACAUGACAUAAGAUUGAUUCAUACUGUGGAUGUGAAAAUCCCACUUUCCUACACUCGCUGUUUCUUCUCGUCUUUUUUCAUCUCGGUGCCGAGCGUUUAAAAGUUAGAAGUUCAAUGUCACGCAGUGUCAAGAAACACCCACUGUAUUCAAUUAAAAUGUAAUGUCUGACAUGGUGUCCAAUUAUCAGGCGUUAAUGGAUGGCAUGCUGGCCUGAGCUCACUCACUUACUAAAGGAAAUAAUAAUUCAACUGUUUAUCUACAGUGUCAUACAUUUGGCAUUUAAAACUUGAAGUUUCAAACAAACACGUGUGAGUUUGACUGAUGCUGCCCUUAAAGAGUCAAUUUAUGAAGUCAUAGGAACGAGAGUUUUUCACAUUUUAGUGAUAAACGGAGAGGUAACAACAACCAGGACACCACAGAUGUCUGUAAAGUAGGGUGACCAUAUUCUGAAUCCCCAGAAAGAGGACAGGCCUACACGGGGGUGGAGUCACAGAGUCACGGAGUCACGCAUAGUUGAUUUUAAGAGUUUUUCGGGUCGGAUUGAGCGUAUUUUACGAGCUUCUAACUCAGCAAGUCAACAUGACACAAACUCAAAACUUCCAGACAAAACCUCAGACAUUUGAAGGAUUUUACAAACACCCAAACCCAAACUCAGGCCGGACAGACCCACAAAAAAGAGGACAUGUCCGGGUAAAAGAGGACGCAUUAUCACCCGGCUGUAUAGAAAUGUUAAAAUCAAUGAUAUCUUUGUGCUGAGACGCCACCUAGAGGAAGAGAAGACUAGCUUGCAGAGUUCAUGACCUAGAUUAACACUUUCUAAAUCAAUAAGAAAUUUCACAAAGAAAAAUAACUUCAUUUUUACUGGUUACAGUUACAUUACAAUGCAAAACAAGGUGUAAUGCAUUUAAACUCAGUUACUAACGUUUUUCAAACCAAACAACACAGAGCUUACUCCUCUUAUAUGAGAAAAAUCAUCAGACAUUCAUCAACAUUAGUCAACAACUUAAUCAUGUAGAGGACAAGAUGAGCAGAAACUGACCACAGGGGGCGCCAAAAUCAACACAAUCCAAAAGUCCCUCACAGGAGCUUUAACUGAUUUCCAAAGUCAGAGUUUGCUGCUGUUGCCAUGGUUACUUAAAUACUGACCACAUUGAUUGGGAUGCAGUGGAUAGAUGGUUUCACUAGAACUACUUAAGAGGUUCAAUAGAUGUCCUUUCAUUAAGACUUAAUCGACACCCUCCAGCCAAUCAGAACCGAGUAUUCACCUCCACCGUAAUAGAAACUGGAUUAUCGCCUUUUUGGAGCUUGAGUCAGUCACAUGAGGUCAAAUGUAUUUUCAGUUUAACUUUACAAAGGAAGGAGGCAGUGAAAUAAAGUAAAGGUUGUGAUACUGGGUGGUUGUUGUCUCAAACUUAACCACCAAACUUACUCGAGCGUAAAGAAUCCAGAUUUAUGGGUGUGAAUAUGUGCUUUUAAACCUUCAGAAUAGAAACCAAUAACCGCGCGGAGUCUGUUUGAUCGUUUGUAAAUGAGUGUUGAAUGAGUCUGCUCCUUCCUGGAGAGAUGUCACAUUCUUGCAGCGAAAAGUCCAAGCCGAGGUUUGAACAGGCGUGUUGCAUCACUCCGUACCUCCUGGGUGAGCUGAAAAAUGAGUUUGGCAUUGGCACCAUUCUGAACCCCUGCUAUGUCAUUGGGAGAUGAUAUGGUUAAGACGUAUCACGCGCAGGAUGUAGUUUUCAUUUCCUUGACUCCGAGAAGGUUCAUUUCCAAACUGCAAAUUGCGAGCAGAGACAGAAACCUUGGUGUUGAUGCAUUCCCGCAGACCGAACAUAAUGACGAAGAAUGAGGAGCUACUCGAGUCGGAGUUUUUUAGAAAGUUUAAACUGAUCUGCGUCGUGACGGUUAGCGGCGUGUUCUUGGUGUUGAGAGCAGAGCAGGAAUAACACGGCAUAGGCAGUCACUUUUGAGGUGUUUUUGACUUUUUCUCUUUUACCUCCAUCCUUUAAAAAUGCAGAUUGAGCCACAUUCCUUGUUAUUACUUAAAAAUCACGUCAAUUUCCUUUCUCCCCGGAGGAAUAUUCACACUGUUUACCGUGAGGGGACCUUUGUAAUAAUAAUAGCGGCGUUCUUUCCUCAAAGGUGUGUUUAUUUGUGUAUUUACAGAUCUGUAGAGUCAUUGAAAAAAGGCUUUUAUUGUCUCAGUAACUGCAGCUCAGUUUACUUUAUGGCACCUUUGGCCUUCAGUCAGCAUAAACAGGCAAUGAGGAAGUUAAACAGAGGAGAUGUUGAAGAGACAAAGGUUGUAAGAGCUCUGCCAGCUACAACUGUGUAGCAGCGUAAACACACACACACACGCUUAAAGAGGGUAAGCGGUUCAAACAUCCAGCCAACCAAAUCUGUAUUGACUUCCUCACUUAGAUAUUUGACUUUAUCUGCAGGAAUAAUUGGAGAAAACAAGUCCACAGUGUAGCCUUUCCCCCCCUGACAAUUGGAGCAGAGAACUCCCAGAUCCAGACACAGCGCGCCCUCAUCUACCCACCCGUCCACUUCACUCAUUUAGCAUUCGGAGCAUUGUUUUCAUGCAUUUUUUCCUUUUUUUGUAUCAAGUCUUCUAAAGUGGUGUGCAAAGUUCAGCUGUUGAAUUAGACAAAAGAGGGUUUUCUAAUAAUCUCCCCAUUAAAAGAGGAGAGAACACAGAGCCCUAUCAUUUCCAGAAAAGGAAAACAUAACCUUUGGAGAGCUGCGCUUUCAGAGCACUUAAAACUGGAAUACAAAUACAACUCUGCAUCUGAUUAGUCGGGUGUUAACCCUUUUUGAGGCGAGAAGUCGUCCAAGACAACAAGGCGUUGUUUUACUUUUGGAAAUUUCAUUUUUAAGUUCUGUGAUUAAAAGAUAAAAAGCUGAGUUGGAUUUAAGUUGUCUUCUUUAUAAGGGCCUGUGUCCACUGAUAGCUUUUUUUGGUGUCAGCAUGACCUCAGUUACAGAGGACUUCCUCUAGACGUUCACUUUAGAUGCACAAAUAAGCCGAUCUACGACCAUAGCUCGAUUAGGCGAUUUAACUGGACAUACCUUAGACUCUAUAUAGAAUGGACGCCAUCUGCCUCCUCUCUGGGUGAAGCCUCUACGAGAACAGCACCCUCAGGUGGCGGGCUGUAGUAUAGGUCAUAAAUCCCGCCUCCUCGAACAAUCCUUAUGGAGCUGUGGACAAACAUCGGAAAUUAAUGACACAGAAUAUAAAUUUUUCUCCCCCUGGUUGUGAUGUUGACAUGUAGUUACUGUCAGACUGGUUUGUGCUCAAGUCCUCUUUUUUCUGUACAGCUCCAUUUUUAAAAGUUAUUAGGGGGUUCAUGUUUUCUAUGAUUGACACUUGAUACAGCCCACACUAGCUCACCUGGGGGAUAUACGGUUUUAGCUGAGCGUCAUCAAAAUGACUAUCCCGCCAAAUGCAAACAACACUAGUGAGCAAGUGUUGGUUCAAAAAUCCAGAAAAUACCCAGAGCAGGUGGAGCCAAGUUGUCCAUAGUGUAUCCAGUCUAUAGGACAUACUGAUGAAAACAUGUUUUGCAAAACUAGGAAAAUUUUAUCGUUUUUGCAGUCGAGGUUUUGUUUACUAGUCUGUUUCCUAGCAACACAUCCAUGCUAUUUAAUUUCCAUCAUGCACAGAGUACUUAGGCCAGUUCCAGUUUAAUUGAGCCAUAUGCACACAAGAGAAAAUCAACUCUUAACUGCAUUACAGUGGUUAUGUUGGUCCGACUGUGAGAAGUUUGAUUUAGUGCAUAAAAAUACCCUGCAGCACUCCUGCUUCCUGUAGUGGUGACCAGUGAGUCUGUUUUGAAGUGCUAAUAUUUGAGUUAUUUGAUGAAAUUUUCCAAAGGAAAGUAAAAAAAGAGAAAGAAAGUCUGCAGUAGAUUCGCAGUAGCUCUAAAUCUGGAAAUAGUGCCAGUAAAAAAGAGUGUAAGUUUCUCCUCUGCAGGACCUCUGACAUUGUUGACAUAGAAGUUAUAGAGGAAGGCCCGCCCCUUUUUGAUUUUGAUUGAUGUGACGUUGAUGCUGCUCUUCAAAAGAGGAACUAUGUUGUUAUAGAAAAGGGUUAGGGUUUAUUAAAAGUCAUCUUUCACUUUUAACCAGUACAGAAAAAUGCUGUUCAUCCAUCCACAGAUAAACUCGACCACUCUGCAUGUGCUCUGAGAGUUUGUCGAAUAUAAAUGUCUCAGUUUGACAAAUCGUGUUGUUUUUGUGCAUUACACAAAGCAUGAGAGCAUUCAUAUUUACUGAAAAAAGCAUGAAUAGAAAAAAGGAUAUCAAUAUCCCGAGGCCAUGAUGCAGCUUUGCCCGGUUUAAUUGACAUAAUUCAGACCACACCAGCACGUAAAACUAAGAGAGGUCUUUGAAUCAGCAAAGUGCUUGUAAUGUAAUAAGCACUCUCUCCUAAAUGGAGCCUUGACUCCAUUUAAAAGAGGGCAGAAAAUAUGUGUGCACUCUUGCUUAAGGCUUUCAUCUUGCAUAUAAAUCACUCCAGCUCAAAGUGGGUGUUUGAGCACCACAGAUUUCAGGUCUUGGGGGCCCGCACUGUAUCUGUGGCCAAGGCUGCAUUAAUGACAAAGCUGUGCCAUGGCAUGAAGUAAAUUAAGCCAAUUCCAAAUUUUUCUGAAAGCAGAAAAAAAAAAUGUUGAAACGGAGGCUUUCUUGGCUGAUUUAAAAGGUUUACUCUUGGCUCUUAUUUUCUCCUUCUUUCCAUUUUCCUCUUUCUGUUUCUGCGUAGAUUCCACGGCAGCUGAGUGCUCUGACGUUGUACAGGUGUGAGCAGUCGGUUUUGGAUUACUGCCAUGCCCACCUGUCGCUGCACCUCGAUGUGGGCAUGGAGCCCCCGACUCAGGCACUGGGAGGUUCAAGGCCGGCCAGGUACCACCCGGAGUUAAUGGCUUCCCUCCCCUCUGAGCCUGCGCUGCCUUGCUCCCAGACCCACUCCCUCCACCAGUGAGCUGGGGACACUGUGGCUCCUAACUCCUAUAUGCCUGCUGCACACAAUCAGCGGACCACUCAGACAAAACACAAGGCUGUGUGGGAGGAACUGGGACUGGUCAAGAAGCAAAGGAGACAAUUAAUCUUCUGCGGAGCAUCCUGGACUGAGAGUAAUGAAAAUGAAAAUAUUCCUCCGUGGAAAUAAAGGGUUGCAGCAGUAUCGAUUAGUGAGCUUCUCACCUACCUGACCCUCAAUGUCCUCAAUUAGCGAAGGAGGCUGAGCAGCAGCAUGACUUUCCACGUUCUGCUCUGCCUCCUAAGGAGUAUUAAGGAUAAUAAUUUAAUGAUUUGUUAAUCUUAUUAAACAUUUUUCCUCAGCUUUUCCUCAUCCUGGCACCUCUCUGCUGCGUCAGGUAAAGUAAUCAAAUGCAAAAUGCUAAGAAGAGAGCGGGGAAACAGCAUGAUAAGUAAUUGAGUAGCAGAACAAAUGAAAGAUCAGCCAAGCUAAAAGGUUUUCCGCUGCUUUUUCUGAUCAGGCUGUCAGUCAGAGGCCUCUCUCCAACUCCAAAUCCCUGUAGCGUUUCUUCAUCUUUAGAAAUGAGCCGCCCAAAUGAAAUUACCCACGGCGACGAAGGAAACAAGACAGAAAAUAACGGACAUUAAUUGUCGUAUAAAAUGUACAGCCCACACAUCUCGCCGGCAGUAAGUUUAAUUUACAUGGUGACUUUUGAUUUCCUAAAUGAUUUGGGAUGUUUAUCACAUCAUGAUUUAAUUAAUGGAGCUGAGGGAUAAACAGAUGCAAAAUAAACAGUAAGUACAGAUCAGAUGCGCUCGGGUUUCUGAUGUUUACUUUUCAUCAUCCAUCUCGAUCAUCACUCUUGUAGUUACUGGGUUUUUGUUUUACAAAUGUGUUCUUCAAACAACUAUCUGAUUGUGCACUCAUAUAUCUACAUGUGUGUGCUUUUUACAGGAUGUUACAGUAUAAUAUAUGGUAAAUAAACUGUGGUAACUGA